UGUUGUUUCCUCAUUCCAUUCCUACCUUAGCUCUGCCUGUGAUCUGAGUUUUUGUUUCAUCCUCGCUUAAUAAAUUGUACAUACCGAUCCUAGUGAUUUAGAUGCAAACAUAACUUGAAAGCAGGAAUUUGUUUUUCUUCUCUAUAUGUACAAUAUUUGCAUGGGAGUGUAUCAUUAUUUUGCUUUCUUAAGUUAAAUGAGAAUAACUGCUUCUGUGUUGAAACACUUUUUGCCUUGUUACUUUGAAUGGCAAGGCAAGAUUCCUUAUGCGUAUAUGUAUGUAGAAAGUCAUAUAAAGUUUUGGCCUUUUUCCUGCCUUUAAUAAAUCAAGUGAUGACAGAUCUUAUAAACAAAUGAUAGAGCAGUUUAACCUUUCCUUUACAUACAUUCCCUUUAAAAAAUUGGGGAAAAUAGCAGCAUAUAUUCUGUUUCCUUCUUUCCCAUCCAUCUGGUCUUUCCUUUCUCCCUAUGAAGUAUGAGUUACUGGUACUAUCAAUGCUAGUGUAGUAAAAGGACUGUGCCUCCGUCCUGCAUCUAUUCAUUUGUAUGCAAUCCUGAACUCCCUCAAUAAACUUCACUGAACAUAUUCAAACUAACUUUUGAAUAGGGCAAUGCAAUAAGACACUGUCAUGUGGUUCAGAAAGACUCCAAUUUUAAUUCUACUUCCAUCAUGAACUUACUAGAUGCCAUGGCUAAGAUAUUCUCUUCUAGCUUUACUCUUGUCCCCAGAAAUGCCCUCAAUGGAAAAUAAUAAUGUGUUUAUCUAGAAGAUUAUAUUUCAAAAACUACAGCACAAGACUGAGAAUAAUUCAGAAUGAGUUUCCUAGUAAGUUUCCUAUUUAUGUUCUUUUCAUGAAUUGUGAGGUUUUCAUCACAAUUCUCCAGGGAGGGCACCUCUGGUGCUACCUAUGCCCUUUGGGCACUUCCUUGUUUACAUAUAGAUGUUCUGACAUUCUAUCACUUUUGCUUACAUCAUGGAUCUCACAGAGAAGGAAACAAAACCUGCCAUUACAUUAUACUAAAAUGCUGUGCUUUACUUUUUUUGCUGCAGUUUUGCUCCAAUUCCUUAUAUAACAUUUAGAGUUUUUAUCAUUGUAUCCAAGCAUUUGUUACAUACUUUCCUGAUUGUACAUAUUGAUUUUAUACAAGACCAUCAGUUAUUUGAUAUAACCAUGAAGGGCUCAGCAAUGUUAAAAUAACUUAAUGAGACCCAUAGCAAUUUAAUUAAGAGCAUUCAUAAUCAGAGGCCCACAGCAGUUAUGAUUACAAUAGUUCAUUGUUGUGUGCCUUCCAGUUGUUUUUGAAUUAUAGUGACUCUAAGGCAAACUUAUCACAGGGAUUUCCUAGCAAGAUUUUUUCAGAGAAGAGUUUGUCUUUGCCUUUCUCUGAGGCUGAGAGAACUUUCCUUGCCCAAAGUCACCCAGUACUUUCUUUGGCUGAUAUGAAAUUACACUGGACUUGGAAAAGUUACUGUUUUGGAUUAAAGUUCCAAAAUUGGUCAAGUUCAACCAGUUACUGUAGGCUGAUAUGGUAGAAAAUUAUUUUAAUGCUAAAUUGCAGACUGCAGCACACACACACACACACACACACACACACACACACACACACAAGAUGUUCAUUUGGGCCUAGAUUGAAUUUUUUAGACCACUAAAUAAUCAUAAAAUUGGUAAGUCAAUGAUAACAUAUAUGUUCCAUUGAUUGAAGGCCCCUAACUUAGCUGAAAUUAAUCAUUGGAUUUAAGAUUUGGAAAUGUUAGCCUUUGUUCUUCGGACCACACAUCAUCAAAUCCUCCAAUAGCCAUGCUGUCUAGGGGAUUCUAAGAGUUGUAGUUUUUGUAAAAGAAAAAAAAAAGAAAAAAAAGAAAAAAAAGCAGACUUCCCAAACCCUGAAAUUACGGCAAGUCAUUAAAUGUUUAGAUGCUUCAUGCAUUUGACAUGGCAUUGUGAAGAAGCGUUGAUGACACGAUUGCUAAUCUCACAGUAAACUUUUGCCAGCUCUCCAAUAUAAAAAAGCACAAAGGGCCAACUCUUUCAGAAACAUAGACCAAACACUGCAGUCGUCAGUCCUUAUUCAGGCAAAACCCCAACUGACGUCAUGAGAUGCUUUCAUUCUGCUACAUACGCAGGCCAGGCGAUUUCUGUAUCUUUAAGCUUUCUGACAAUUUCAAAUAAAACAAAAAACGUGGCUCUCCCCCAUUUAUUUUAUUUCUUAAAGCUUUUUUAUCCUUCUCCCAAACAAGACAAUAUUGCAAAAUAUUUAGUUUUUGGGUUGUUGUUUUUUUUUUUUUUUUGCACAAUUUAGUAAUUGAUGAGCAAAGAAGCUGUGUUACAGACAGUUGUAAGGGCACAUUGAUCAAAAUAAUGUUAUCUGGUAGAUGGAAGUCUGCAAGAUAAUUGAGAUAUAUGGGAAAUGAUUGCCUGUUUUCCUUUGUUGUAAUCUUGCUGCCCUUUAUAAAGCGAAGCAUGUUGUAAACGAGGCAUUUGAACCUUUCUUUUGCAAGUGAAAACAUUGCCAAACUUUAUUUUCUAAAAUAUAAUAUUAUGGUAUUUUAAAAAUUGGCAGGCUGUCUGUUGGCAAUUUGUUAGGGUCACAGUCAUAUAUGUUCUUGCACCACUAGAUUAGCCUGUGAUACUCAAGUAUCACUUUUGUCAUUUGGAAGUGUUAGCACAAUUCAAUUAGCUAACGUAUGUAGACUGAAGGGAAUUGCAUCUUAUCUUGUACUUCAGAUAGUUAAAUAUCUUGGUCUAUAACCCACCAAACAGUAAUUUGGCAGACUGGGAAAUAUCCUUCCUACAUAUCUUCCUUCCCCUCAGCAGUAGCAAGUGAUAUAUGCAUGCACUUGGACCACAAAGACACUCCUUGGGGGACCUGAGCUUCUGAUACAUGUGGUAGUAAAGGUUUCCCCUUGACAUUAAGUCUAAUCAAGUCUGACUCCGGGGGGGGGGGGUGUUCUCAUCUCCAUUUCUAAGCCGAAGAGCCAGCAUUGUCCAUAGACAUCUCCUAGGUCAUGUGGCCAGCAUGACUGCAUAGAACGUCUUUACCUUUCCACCAGAGCAAUAUCUAUUGAUCUACUCACAUUUGCAUGUUCUGCUAGGUUGGCAGAAGCUGGGGCUAAGUAUGGGAGCUCACCCUGCUCUGAGGAUUCAUAGAAUCAUAGAAUUGGAAGAGGCCUUGUGGGUCAUCCAGUCGAACCCCCUGCCAAGAAGCAGGAAAAUUGAAUUCAAAGUACCCCUGACAGAUGGCCAUCCAGCCUCUGCUUAAAACCCUUCAAAGAAGGAGUCUCCACCACACUCCGGGGCAGAGAGUUCCACUGAUGAAUAGCUCUCACAGUUAGGAAGUUCUUCCUAAUGUUCAGGACUUCCUAAUGUUCAGGAAGUUCUUCCUAAUGUUCGAACCACUGACCUUUCGGUCAGCAAAUUCCACAGCUCAGCGUUUUAACCUACUGCGCCACCAAAGCGGGUUAAAACAUGUGGUAAACAGGUCCAUAUAUCCUCUUUCCAACUUCCAUACAUCCAAAUAGAUGUUGUUUCUUUGGAUAUCACAGCAACAUCUCUCUCUCUCUCUCUCUCUCUCUCUCUCUCUCUCUCUCUCUCCUUAUUCUUACAGAAUUUUGUAAAUUAUUAUCCAGGUUUUUUGUUUUGUAACAUUAUACACAGUAUACACUGAUCUGCAAGCUUGUGCCAUUGUAGAUUGCAGAUAUGAAAAUUGUCAGUUUGUAUUCAGAAUGAAGAUUUCUGGAAGAUAUUUGGAUUAGGAUUUUUUAAACAUUGUGAUUUUGUACAUACAGUUUUCUGAUCAAUGUAUGCUCCAGAAGUGCCUCAUUCAUAAAAGGCAAGUUUAGAAAAUUGGGCGAUGGAUCAAUAAUAAGGGAAAUCCUUCCUUUUCAUCCCUUAUUUACUGAGGACCAUGUGAACAUAGCUUGAAAGAUCAUUUCCUAGCUUUGAGAUGCUUCUAGUUAUGGAGAAAGAUGGAAGUUAUCCAACUCAACUGAAACACUUUUACAAGUCCAAUUGAUUACAGCAGAUGAGAUUUUUUAAGCAUGCACUUAAUCUAUAUAUAUAAAAGGGUAAUGAAAUUUCAGCCUAGGACAAAACAACAAAACUACACAUCCCAGAAACACUAAACUUGGCAGCACAACCCCUCAUCCAUGCCUCUACGUUCAUACAACAAAAAGAAAAGAAAAAUAAAGUCCUAAUUAGAGGGAGAGGAAUAAUUGUUUUUAUCCAAAUGCUGCCAGUUAGAAGGCUAAGCUCCAUCAGGGGAAAACCUUUACCCUUUACCUUAACUUUAUUUACUUUAUUUUAUACUUUAUUUCCCAUACCACCAUACUUCGCCAUAGCAAUGCAUGGCUGGGCACAGCUAGUAUUUCCAUUAAAACCAGAGGGACUGUAAAAUAUCUGGAAUGUAUUUGGGGCUCUCCAAUUGUUUUAGUAACUGUGUUUAAAGAAUUCUUUGUUGAUUGAGAAUAAACUUAAAUUAACAUAUAAUUGAUAUAUCUGAUAAACUUGAUCUAACAAAGUUAAGAUAAUGGUUCCUUGCUAACAGAGAAAGAUUUGCCAUUUCUGCUAUAACUCCAUAUUUUCGGCAUGCAGUUGUUUAUGGGCUUCCAUUGGGAGAAACUUUGUCAUUUUAUCUUUUGUUUUGUAUUAGAAAUACGUUGUGUUGCCUACUGUGCUUGAAAACAAUCCGCUGAGUAGAAAGUGGAAGAUUGAACUUUAAAUAUCAUUUGACACCAUUUCCAAUUAGUUGUGUCUGCACUUGUAUGUGUGAUUUUAUUCAUUGGAUAGAAAGCUAUGCUUUGAUCAAUAUGAGCAUGAUUCCAAGCCCUGGUCAUGGACGAAGCUGGAACACUCAGCUUCCAAUUGCCAUUGUUUUGAUAAAGAAUGAAAAGUAUUCUGCUUAAUGUGUAACAUGGAUAUUUAAGUAUUGCAAUAACAUAGAUGCAAUACCUAAAUAACCAUGUUACAUAUUUCUCAUUAUGAUAGCGGUUCUUGUUUCAUUUUGAAUAGUUGAAAACAAUAGGAAUCUUGGGUUGUUGUAUGUCUUUCGGGCUGUGUGGCCAUGUUCCAGAUGUAUUCUCUCCUGACGUUUUGCCCACAUCUAUGGCAGGCAUCCUCAGAGAUUGUGAGGUAUGGAAUCUUGGAAUAGGAAUCUUGACAAAAUUAUGAAGCAGGUCAAUCUUUCUCAACACUGUAACUUCCAAAUACUCCAGUUCUUUUUAUAUCCAGUCAGCAUAACCGGUGUCAGAAUUAGACAAUUACUAACUCAUUCCUUUCAUCUAUGUAAAAGAUCCCAAGCAAUGCUGCACUGCAUCGUUCACUUGGGGAGAUAGGGCAAAAUACAAAUACAGUAUGAUGAUGAUGAUGAUGAUGAUGAUGAUGAUGAUGAUUAUCAUGUGCAAAAUUCUUUUCUUUACAAAAGGUUAGAACUUUGUUUGAAAGUGAUUUGUAUGUGAAAAAUUGUUUUCUGCUAGGACAUCUUGUUUUUUGAGAACAAGGAGCUUAUGACUUCCAGAUAAUUAUGGAUUAUAACUCCAAAUGUCUUGGCCAUUUUGAUUCAUUGGUGGAAGCUGGAUUCCAAAAAUAUCUGAAGGAAACAGAUUCCCUGUCCCUGUUCUAUAGAAGGCUGUCUACUUAAAAUAUGUAGUAUAUUUUCCACAUUGUGACCCAGUGUGGUAUAGUGGUUUGAGCAUUAGACUAUACUGUUGGAGACCAUAAUUUGAAUUCCUGCUCAAUCAUGGAAACUACUGGGCAACCUUAGGCAUGUCACACUCUUACUCUCAAAGGAGGGUAAAGACAAUCCCCCCUUAAUAAAUCUUGCUAAGAAAAUCCCAUGAUAGAAUCGCCUUAAAGUUACAGUUAGUCAAAUAUGACUUGAAUCCAUGCAACAAUAAAGUGUAUUUUCAUUUUAGUGGUAAUAGUGAUUUCUAACCAUCCAUCUAUACACUUUAAGUUAGCAUUUGCACAUCUUUUGUAAAUCUGUUUCCUUUUGUCCUUGGUUUUAGUGAUAUAUUUCCUCUUCCAGUGUGCAUUUUGCUUGAAAUAUUUCUGUCUCACUUUCCGUCUUUCUUCUUCCCUAUCACAUGUAUAAUGCCCUCUGUAAGCCACAUCUCUCUUAAUUCUUUAGGCCUAGCAUCCCAUCCCAGUAUUUCUGAAACGAGCCAACCCUCUGCCCAGAAAACUUAAUUGGAAGGCACCAAUGGCAGUUUCAGCAACUUAAGGUUUAAUUCAAUCUGCAGGCCUCUUCUUUAGAGCAGAUCAUAUACUUGAUUCAUGAGUAACUUGAGAUGCAAGACCUUGGUUUGCUGAUAUAUUUGAGCUGAUUUAGAAGAACUCCAAAGUGCCUGAAGUAGAACUCGCUCUUUUUUCAAUUUCACUAAUAAUGCCCCUGUUAAUGAAACAUCACAGGGCCAGUUAUUGACCAUCAAUUUUUCUGGCACUUUAAAAAAUUGUUUAGUGUGCUUUUCUAUUUAAUACACUUUCCCCUGGUGAAUUUCAUGUGGUAACUAUCUGCCAGGUUUCUAGUUUGAGAUCAUUUUGAACUUUUGGCCUCCCUCUUAAACAUUCUAGCUUUACAGCAGUUGCAUCCUUACUGGAGAUAUAGACUAGUUUGGAGGUUGCUGUCUUUCCUUUAAGAUGAACCAAACAUUUGAUUCACCCCAACAAUCAUGUAGAAUGUCAGAUCACUGCAUAUAUUCACAUUGGACUGUAUCGUCUUCUCAGAUGUACCUGCCUAAGUCCUCUCGGAUCAUUCACUGAAUGUCAUCAGACUUUGCUGAGUUCACAUUACAUUCACAUUAUCCAUAUUCUUUCACAUGCAAUUUAGUUAUCUUGCUUCUUGACCUCUUCCUUGAUGCCAAGUCUCUCAACUUAGUUUUCCUUUUAAAAAGGGAAGUUCUGUUGCACUAGAGCCCUGAAGCUUCUUUUCACCACAAACCACACACUGGGCAGAUAAUCCAAUGUAAAGGUUUAUUAAAACCAAAGUAUAAUAAAAGCUGCAUAUAUGAAAAGCAAGCAAGUAUAAAAAAGAAAAGUUCAUCAGGAUAUGUCCAUAAGAGUCAAGAGUCCCCAAAAAUCCCUUCAGAGAAAGUAUCCAAGAUAAAUCCAACAAGAUAUGCAAAAACAGAGUACAUAGAUCCAAGGCAAGCAAAACUAUGCAAUUCAAAGACAAGGUACAUGAAUUCCAGACAGGCAAAACUAUGCCUCACAAAAUCAGACUAGGCCACAAGAAGUUCUCGCUUUUGCUGGGGAUGGAAGGACCUUAAGGAAAAUGCCUGAUGGGCCUCGCGAUCAAGAGUCCUUUCACACUACACACAUAAUGCUAUGAUUUAUUUAUGGUUGUGUUUCAUGGAGGAAUAAGAUGAAAAGGGUUAAUAAUGAUUGGGUUAUUGGGGUGUCCUAUAAGCAGGUGACCAACAAUUUUCUCUGGUGGGAAUCCCAAAUACAAAUGUCUUCCAAAUUUAUUUAUUUUUCACAUUUCAAUGUGUGUACAUUUCCCAACAGGCCACAGUGCCAGAAAUUGGCAAUCCUCCUAUUGUAUAAGUGAUAGAGCUUUUCACUUUUUUCAUUUGGAAAUAUAAAUUCUACUCUUAUUCUCCCAGGACAACUACAUAGAAAUAAUAAAGGCAAAUCUAAAUUGCAAAGGUUAUAAGGCAUAACAAAAUAAAACAGAGUAGCAAAUGCAGGCCAAAUACUGUGCAGUGAAUUUUUUAAAAGGUCAGGGGUGGAGGUGAGAUCUUUGUCUGGCUCUGAAAAGACAUGAAAGUAGGUGCCAAGAAUUCUUUCCUGAGGGGAGCUUUCCAUGAAUGUGGUGCCAAAACCCAGAACGUUUCUCUCUGGUCACCAAUGACCAUCACCAAGAGGAAUUCCUUUUGAAUACGAAUACAUUUGUAGGCAUGUAUAGGAGGAGAUGGUUCCUAAGCUAAUUCCCAAACUGUAAAGAAAUUAAGAGACCGUCUGAAAUACUCUUUCUCUCAGAUGAGCUUAUCUAGGUUUUGAGAGAGAUGGGCUUUCUUUCAAUCUCACCACAAUCGUAGGCAUAUGUGAUGAAGAUUUAUGAGAUGACCUUAUUUUAUUUAUUGUAUUAAUUAAAAUAUUUGUAUCUGAAGAUCCCAACAGGAAUGAAAAAUUUAAUAUUUAAAGAUGAAAAAGGCAUUAAAUCAUUUGUCAUUUAAGAUAAUACAAAAGCAGUAAAACAAUUUAAAAUAGGGUGUGCAAAUUGUAUGAAAUAACUGAAACCUUUAAUAAAAAGCUGUGUUUUGGCUUGGCAUCAUAAUGACACCAGUCUUGGUGCCAAAUGGGCCUCUGAAAGGAAGUAUUAGAUGACUGGAAUGCCACAGCACAGUAUUUUAUUUAUUUAUUUAUUUAUUUAUUUGUUCAUUCAUUCAUAUAACAGUGCAGGUCUACAGAAUGUGCUGAAUCUUCUUCUUCUGUGCUUGUAGCUAUUCAGAUAUGAUGCACGAGGAGACAGAGAAUCAUAAAAGUAUAGAAUUGGAAUAGAUCAUAAGGACCAUGUACUCCAACCCCUUCCCAGAUUGGAAUAGUUACACAACUAAAAUCCUCCUGAAAGAUGGACAUCCAACUUCAGUUUACAGACCUCCAAAGUCCACCACCCCCUGGAGCAGUCUGUUCCAGUGUAGCUUCCAUUUUGUUCCUUUCUUUUCCUAAAUAAUAAAUGAUACAUAUCAAAGAUGAAGUAAACGUCAGUUGGGAUGAAGGUAGAACGACUAUGAUACAAAGGAACUGUGUAACAUCUUUAAGUGAGAUAAAGAAAUUGGUAGCAUAAACUUUUUUAGACUUUACUCCAUCAGAUACAAGGAAAUUCUGUGUUCUAGGAAGAAUUUCCAAAAAUAAUGUUACAGGAAGGUGUUGGCGGACUGCAUUGAUUGUGAUAACCACUCAAAUGAGUUAGUUCCAUAUAAGAUCUUACUUUGUAAAGUGUUAUGUCCAAGCUGUGAUCUGGAUCAAGCUAAUAAACUAUCCAGUAUUGUUUGCUAUAUUAGUUUGUAGCAUUCAUUGGUAUCAUAUGGUGACAAAGAACCUUUGGCUUUCCAGUUGUUGCUGGAUUCUAGCUCCUAUCAGCUCUGCCCUCCAUGGCCAAGUGAUCUAGCCCAACAACAAUUACUGUUGGCAUCAUUGUAUGCCCAAAAUUAUUUAGAAGGUUGGACUUCUUCUCAGUCCCACUGGAUAAAAUUUAGCUGCACCAAUUGAGUAGCUAAAACAUGAGUCAACUAGUAGGCGAAUUUGAAUAGAUGAGCAGCUCAUUCUGGUGCAGAUAUACUCAGAAAUAAACCUCACAAUAGUAAAUUAUUAUUUCCACAUAAAAAUAUAUAGGACUGCAGAAUGAAUCAAGCUGGCCUGAUGUUGCUACAUUCCUCUCCAAAGAAGGUAUCUGAUCAUCUAGAUACCAUGUUCUGCUAUUUAAUUUCACUGAGAAAUAAGCUGGAAUUGUUAAAUUAGUUUCUGAUGUGUGUGGAGAGAACAUGAAGUAGAGAAGGCAGAGCUAACCUAUUUUUAUAUAGAUGGCUUUUAAAUUGACUACUGCUCAUACAGCUUGAGUCAUGUAAAGACAGUUGUAGCAUUUGUUGUGGUUAUAGAGCAGAAAUUACUUAAACUGAUGUGAUAUUAUGGACAUUAGGAGCUGUCAUUUCAAAUUUGGUAUUGCUGUGGGAAGUUUCAUCAGUUCUUUCCUUAAUGUUAAAGCUAAACGUUUCUGACUUACUUUAUACUACAGUCGUCCCUCUGUAUCAACAGAUUCUGCAUCCAAGUACCCAUGGCUUGAAAAUACCCCCCCCCCCCCAAUUCAAAAAGCAAAUAUUGAUUUCACCAUUUUAUACAAGUGACAUUAUUUUACUAAGUUACUGUAUAUAAUGGGACUUAGGAAUCCAUGGAUUUGAGUAUUCAUAGGGGGCUCUGUGGGUUCCUGGAACCAAACCCCAAUGGAUACCAAGGGCCAAUUGUAAUACAGUGUACAGUUUGUACUUUGUUUCCAGUUAUAGUUUCAUUUCAUCUGAAGGAAUACUGAUCCACUUACACACACAAAGUGAAAGGUUGGGGUUGUGAGAAAGUAUAGUUUAUAAAAAGGUAAUGUAGGCUGUAAAAUUGCUAAUGAGUUGCUCCAUGCAGUCAUGCUGACCACAUGACCUUGGAGGUGCCUGCAAACAACGCCGACUCUUCAACUUAGAAAGGGAGAUGAGCACCAACUCCUACCCACAACCCUUUGAGCCGACAGGUGGCUUCCGGCGCCGCUGAAAGUGGGGAAAGAAGACUAGGCAACGCCGCCGGAAGUAGGGCAAGGGUUUGUGAGAACGGAAACAUGCGUGUGUUGCUCCUGGCCAGUUUGCGAGCCCGGACCGGGAAUGGCACCACAGCCCAGAGGAUCCAGGAUCAUCUGGAAGCUGCCGGCCAUGUGUGUUUCCUCAAGGACACGUUUAGCUGUGAGUCCUCUUUGGUCGUCUCAAAGCUCAUCUCCUCGGAGAACUUUGAUGCAGCUCUGGCCAUUCACCUUUAUAAAGCAGGCAGGCUGCUGCAAGGCAGCAGAAUUCCUUUUGGUGUCAUCUUUGGAGGUACGGACAUCAAUGAAGAUGCCAAAUGUGAAGAGAAGGUCCGGGUUAUGGAGGCAGUGCUGAACGAAGCCAGGUUUGCUGUGUCUUUCACUGAGGCAAUGAGAGAAAGAGCCAUAUCAAACUGGCCUCACGCCAGAAACAAAAUAUAUGUCCAGCCUCAAGGAAUCGUGACUACCCCCAACAUUUCUUUUAACUGGGAGAAAUGUCUGCAGAGUGCAGGGAUUCCCCACAACGGCAACAGUUUGUGUUAUUUCCUCCUAAUAUGUGGUCUGAGAAGAGUCAAGGAUCCACUCUAUCUAGCAGAUGCGUUUGCAGAAUGGCACAGAGAGGACCCCAGCGUACAGCUGAUUAUCAUUGGACCUGCAGUUGAUCCAGUGUUUGCAGAGGAAGUGAAGGAGAAAGUACAAAGGGCGGAUGGGGUACAUUUGCUGAAGGAGAUCCCCCAGGAAGACCUUCAUGCUGCUGUGAAGAAAUGCUUUGCUGUUGUGAACAGUUCCAUUUCAGAGGGGAUGUCAGCCGCACUCUUAGAGGCCAUGGAUUUAAAUGUUCUAGUACUGGCAAGGAACAUCCCAGGAAAUGCUGCGAUAAUCACACACCAAGAAACCGGGCUGUUAUAUUCAAACCCUGAGGAAUUUGUCCAACUGUCCAAAAGCCUGAUCGGUGACCCUUGUCUUCAGAGAAAGAUCGUAGCAAGGGCAACGGAGUAUGUCACAAAGCACCACUCCUGGGAACAUGAAAGGAAUGCUUAUCAAAACUUUGUGCUGAGCCUCCACUGACCUAGUGUUUGGAUUCGGGAUCCCUUCAAAAUCAUAGAGUUGGAAGAGAUCAUCACGUCAUCAAAUCUAACCGCGUUCUACCAUGCAGGAAAAGUACUCAUUGCAAACAACCAUCCAGGCUCUUCCCAAAGAAGGACAUCCGACCACAUUUCAAGGGACUUUCCAACACCUCUUACCGUCAAGGUAGUUGGAACUUUCCAUUACUUUUACCUCCCACAUUUCUGAACAUCUGGUCAUCUGUUUUAGGAGGACAUCAACCAAGCCUUCAGUCUGGCAAGGUGGUUGAUAGUAGACCCCCACAAUGACGUCCCGGUUGUUUCUUUCCUCCAUAAUUUUUAUCCAGAUGCUUUCAACCUGGCUUCCGUGACUUCACUCCCAAUCUCUUCACAAGUGAUACAUAACACUACUUCAGUUCAAGCAUGAUCAUUGAAGCAUGGAGAAAAGCUUUCUGGGUGGUUGCUCCCAGUGUCUGGAGCUCCUUGCUACCAACUCACAGAGUCGGACACGACAAGACUUAAUGUCAGGGGAAAACCUUUACCUUUAUCUGAGCAAAAUAGUGUUAAAGUAGCUUGACAGUGAUGAUUUCAUGGAAAAUGACAGAGGAAAGCAGUUAAAGUUGUAUCUGAUAAAACACUCUUCCUUAACCUGCACCCACCAGGUAUGUUGUGUUACAACUUCUGCUGUUUGCAAAUGGCAGAAAUUGUAGUCCAACAUUUACAGAGGGCACCACACUGAUGAAUGAUACGGUAAAGGUCAUGGGAAGAGUGAGUUUCUCCUGUUACUUUUGCUGAUGUUUCCUACGUAGUGUUUGUGGUAUUUUUUUUAACUUUUGUAGAUUUUUUUCAAAUCUUUGCAAAGCAUGGAGAAAUCAUGUAUAAACUAGAAAUAAAGGUAUUUGAGAUGUAGUGCAUAAUGGAAAUAUAUGGCUUCUCUUUCCAUUUUAAAGAGUCAUCAACAAUUUAUCCACAGACAAUGCUUUGGUUAAGCAUGGAAAACUAUCCUUAAUAGUAGACAUAGAAGAAGGAUAUUUACUCUUUAGGGUAUUAAUUUAUUUUCAGCUGGUUUCCUAUGUUCUUAUGUGGAACACUCACUUUUUGCCUCUCUUAUGUGGAGAUUUAUUUAGUUACAAGAUUUCUAGAACACAUUUUGCCUACUUAUCACAGAGUGCAAUGUACACAGAGGGGUUCCAUAAAAUGUCUAAUCGCAUAUUAAAAAUUACUUGAAAACCUAUGUAAUCUGAACAACCAUCAACUAAAAAGCAAAUCAGAAAGUCAAUCACAAGAACAAUUAUCAGAAGGAAGGAGGGAGGGAAGGAAGGUGACUGGCAUGUUAUAGGUGAAUUACAGUAAGUCGGAUAUAUCUCAUUGCAUCUCAGAUUUGUUUGUUAUUGCAGAGGUUGAGCUUUUUUCCUAAAUGUGCCCUUCCCCAACUUACUUUUAUUUAGCUGUAGACCUUUGAACUAGCUAGCUAUGUUCUAGUUCAUGGAGUGAGGGGAGCAGCUGAAAAAGCAUCCUCUCUUUUUUGCUAUAGUAGGACAUACAGUGAUAACAUUUUCAUGUAUUUCUGGGGGUCCUUUUGAGGUGCCUGAGGAUGAGGUCUUUGCUCUAUGUUCAACAAUAGUGAAAGAGGUGGAUGACUGCCUGUGAUUUCCCUGCUCUGUGUUUAUUUUUUAAAUUUAAUUUAAUUUAUGUACACCCUGCCUUCCUUCUCAAGGGGACUCAAGGCGGCUAACAGUGACACUCUUUGACCUAUUUAAAACAAAACAAAUAUGUUUUUUUAAAAAAAUAAACAGAAUUGUGUGUGUUAGGUUCAAAAAUACAGUUAGAAUACAAUACAUAUAAUUAAUUAUGCAUUUUAAAACACCCAAUCUCCCCAAAAAUUCAACCCAGAAAAUUGCUGCAUUCAGGGGAAAGGAUGCAGCUGAGAAAACGUGGAGUUUGGGGAGUUAGAUGGGAGACUAUCAUACCUGUGUCUUGUGCUAUGUCUCCAGUUGCUCCUAUAUUUACAUAACGCUAUGAGAAAGUUAACAAAAAGUGAGCCUCUCUUAUGAAAUGUCCCAAAAUUUUAGUGCUACGUCCUGCUUCGUGUGUAAACAUUCUUGUGGAGAACCAUAGUUGAAAUAUCCUAGUACUCUGAAAUAUCCUAGUCCUAGACUUAUUCAGACAUUUAUCACUUGCAGCCAGAAUCAUGAAUUGUGUUCUGAACCAUAUUCUUUUAUAUACAUAUUUUUUGGAGCCCUAGAAUUUUUAUAUUUUAUUUGUGCCUUGGUAUCCUUCCUUGCUUCCAAAGAACUCAAAGAGACUUCCUUAGUCCUCCCUUCUACCAUAGCUUCACAAGGAACUGGGAAGUAGGUCAAGCUGAGAAAGGUAACAAACUAGCUUGUAGUUGAUCAUUGGGUGCCAUGGGGAUUUGAAUUGGGGUCUUUCAAAGACUGUUCCAACACUGUAACAACCACUACCUUACACUAGGUAACAAUUGAAAUGGAAUAUUUUGCUCUUUGUAGUUCCCAUUGAUUUCGCUGGAACUUGUGGAAGAACACUCUCCAGUGGAUUAUGUUGACACUGCUUCUGUUAAGAUCAUAUUAAAUAUUAAGUUAAAUUCUUCACUUGUGCAAAAACUAUAUACAAAAAUUAGGAGUUGGGGAGGAUAUUACAUUUUAAAUGCAAUUUUAAUUUUUAGUGUGAACCAUCCUGAGUCCCCUUCGGGGUUGAGAAGGGCGAUAUAUAAAUACCGCAAACAAAUAAUAAAAAAUAAAUAGUGUAUCUUAACUGUGUUUUAACUUAUUUAUGAUACAAUAUUUAAUUGUUUUUAAUUUUUGUAUUCGUUGUUUUUAAAUUUAUUGGGUUUUGUCAUGCAGUUGUGAGCUGCCUUAAGUCCCCAUGGGGAGAAAGAUGAGGUGGAAAUAAAUAAAAAGGUAAAGGUUUCCCCUGAUGUUAAGUCCAGUCAUGUCUGAUUCUGAGGUGUGGUGCUCAUCUCCAUUUCUAAGCCGAAGAGCCAGCGUUGUCCAUAGACACCUCCAAGGUCAUGUGGCCAGCAUGACUGCAUGGAGCGCCGUUACCUUCCUGCCAGAGCAGUACCUAUUGAUCUACUCACAUUGGCAUGUUUUCGAACUGCUAGGUUAGCAGGAACUGGAGCUAACAGCGGCCGCUCACACCGCUCCCGGGGCUUGAACCUGGGAUCUUUCGGUCUGCAGCUCAGUGCUUUAACGCACUUUGCCACUGGGGCUCCUUAGAAAUAAAUAAUAAUAGUAAUAAUAAUAAUAAUAAUAAUAAUAAUAAUUCCCCAUUAUUAAUGAUAUGUCAUUAAUUCCAAUAUAAUCUUUUAUCAAUAACCAUUCUUUAUCAGAUGCAACUUUUGGAAAUUCAUGAGGAUAAGACAAGUUUAUCCCUGCAUUCCAUAGCAACAUUCAAGAUUUCUCCCAAUGUAUUUUUGAGUUUAAAAAUACACUGAUGGAAUGUACAUCAGUGUAGUUUGACCCUUGCAAGCUCUCUUAAUCCACUGGUUGAAGUGGCUGCCUCAUCAUAGGACCAUAAUGGCAAAGUUAUGUCCUCCUCCAAGUGGAUACUGCUGCUAUGUUGCAGGUUCUUUUAUUAGAUGAUUUUUUGGGUCUUGGCUCAAUACAUAAACUACAUGUGGACAAAAGGGGAGGGAAAAUGCUUGUUCAGUCUUGAAAAGGACUUCAGCGAUGACUGCAUAGACAUCUAGCCUCUCUUGUGCUCAUAGAUUUAUUGAGCCCGACACCAGUGUGUCUGCUCCUUUCUGAAUUAUUUGUGAGAAGCAGAAGCAAUUUUACAGACAAUGACCUUCUGAAUUAAAGAUGAACAUUGAAAAGUCAAGGCGGUUGCUAUCACAGCAACUUUGUAAAAUGGAGGAUUGUGUUCAAGAAGCAUUGUGAUGUUGGCAUUUGGUAAAGUGGGCCAAAUGCUGUGGCACAUGGGCCAGCAGAGCCAAAUGGAGAUGGUACCAAGGUAGACAGGUAGAAUUCCAGUGUUAAUUUGAACAUUCAUUCUAUGCUUGUUUAACUAGGGCUAGAGUUCAGGUGUAACCAUAACUGAAGUUAUUCUCAUUUGGUGCUGGUUCAAAACCAAUCAAAAUGCUUUAAUUGGUUGAGUGCAGUUUUUGAACUGGAGAACGCUUCCAGUUCACAGGGCAAUGCAAGCUGAAGCAUCCAAUUUGUCAUGUCUUUCAGGCAUAUCCCGUGGGUAUUAUGAAAGAUGCAUGAAAUAAAAAUAACUAAAAUUCUUAAUGAGAAUUUUGUAGCAAACAUUAACCAAUAACAUUUAAUUAAAAUCUGUUUUAAAGCAGGCCUUUCAUGGCUAACUUUUGAAGUAGCCAUUUCCAAGUGUAUUAAAAUAACAAGCAUAGAGAAAUGAAGCAAAUGAAAUCUUUAAAAAUCAUGUCAGCCUCACCAUUCAUUUCAAUUGGGAUCACUGAGCUUUCUGCCACAUUAGAUUUUUGUCUGCGAAUUUAUAAUGUUAUAAUUAAGUCCUUAUCCUGAACUGUGAUAGAUACUCAUUUUAGGAUUUUGUCCUCUUUUGUAUGUUAGGCUUGUGUGGAAGUGGGUUUUUCUUUUCGUGUCAGGAGCGACUUGAAAAACUGCAAGUCACUUCUGGAGUGAGAGAAUUGGCUGUCUGCAAGGACGUUGCCCAGGGGACGCGCGGAUGUUUUGAUGUUUUACCAUCCUUGUGGGAGGCUUCUCUCAUGUCCCCGCAUGGAGCUGGAGCUGAUAGAGGGAGUUCAUCCGUGCUCUCCCCGGGUGGGAUUCGUACCUGGCAGCUUGCAGAUCAGCAGCCCAACCUUCAAGUCACAAGGCUUUAACCCACUACUCCACCGGAGGCUCCUGUGGAAGUAAGUGAGCCAGAGCUUGGAAGAGGUAGAAGAUUACUGCACGAAGUUCUAAUUGCACAUUUUGGCAUUGCAAACCCAUCCUGGUAGAAAACGGGAGCACAUCUGGAUAGCCCUUCUCCUUAUCACACAACCUUUCUGAAAGUACUUUCAGGAUGCAGAUUGUGCUUUCCGCUUAGUGCAUAAGCUUAUAAGCAACUCCUCCCAUUCAUUGCCUCUCAUUGGCCAUGGCCCACUUUAAACUGGAAAAACUGUGCAGUUUUGAGAUUUGAGUAGUUUUCAUGAAAGUCUGCCAUUGCAUGACGUCUUUAUUUAUUUAUUUAUUUUAUUUACCCUAUUUAUACCCUGCCUGUCAAGAGUCAGACGCCAGUUAACAUACAAAACAAAGUUUAUUCCGAAGAUAAGCCAAAAAAUAACAUAAACACAGGAAAUAUCCUUGAAACACUUCACUUUUCAGUGUUUCGAGAGUAGAUUGGACAAUAAUAACUCAAAAACGAGCCACGCUAAUUUCCCAUGCUGGCAUUCAAUAAAAAACUAAAUAACGCUUCAAUUCAGCUUUGGAAAACAAAUAGAGUUAAUUGCUGGAAAAUAAACAAACUAGAAAAGCAGUAAAGCUGCUUCCACGGUGCAGAUAAGCCGAGAGCCUCAAAGGGAUGAUGAAUAGCCGUUGUCAGAAGAAUCCAAGGUCAGGUCAGGAGGCAGCAGAAAUUCCGAAAGACAAACCAAUAGUCAGAAGCCGGGAGUAGCCAUCAGUAAGAGGGCGUAGACAGAAGCCAGGUCAAAUUCAAUCCAAAGUCCGAAGAGGGUGCAGUCAUCCAAAACAGGUCCACAAUAAGACACAGCGAGAGCCAAGCUAGAUGAUAUCAGCAGAUUCAAAUCAUAGUCCAAGUUCAGUCUUCAUGGAAACACAGAGAUCCCAAUGGCGCCUCAGCAACACCUUGCCACACGCAAAGUGCAGUGGCCAAACAUUCCCAUUUUAUUCCCCUUCCUCCUGGGUGACCAAACACUCACACCCAAACACCAGGUGUCCCAAAUCUACUCAGAGUCUGAACUCCACACAGCUAGAGCUCGUGGAUCUGGAGUACCUAGCAAUUCGUCGGAGUCCCAAUCAUCCUGCCCACACUUAGCCCCAUGAACACUUAAAGAACCAUCCUCCCUUCUCCAAGCAUCCCAAUUGGGAUCAGCUCCUGCAGAAACCCCAGGUUCAGAAGUAUCCAUAAGCCCCAAAUCCCCAGACAUCUCCGGUGGCUGUGCCCAUUCAGUGCCCGCUUCCCCAGCCACCACCUGUUCCUCAGCAUCCAUCUCCCCAUCUGAAUCUUCCUCAGAAGAUCCCCCAUAUAGCUCUCUAAGUCGCUUCCUGCGCAACUCCUCCAGUGAACCCUCAUCACGAGGGUUUUUUCUUCCUCUUCGAAUUCCAUCACCAUCAACCAUAAUCCCCGAAGGCGCAGUCACAACACUGCCCUUCUGUACCCCGAAGGGACUCAAGGCAGCUUACAUAUGGCAAUUAAUUCAAUGCCUUAACACAUACAAAAUAUGCUUAAAAUAGAUUAAUUAAAAUUAAUACAUGUUAACAUUUUAAAACAUUAUAUUCAGCAUUAAAAUCACGUUAUCCAAAAACCAUAAUCCAAGGCCAUUCUGUAAUCAUUGCACAUGUGCUAAAUCCAUUAUUGCACUAAGCUAUUCUCCAAAAGCCUGGUCCCAAAACCAAGUUUUUACUUUCCUUCUGAAGACUUGAAGGGAGGGGGCCAAUCUAAUGUCACUAGGAGGGAGUUCCACAGCCCUGUCUCUCUUUCCUGCCAGUCGCAAUUGCGAAGCAGCCAGGACCGAGAGCAGGGCCUCCCCAGAUGAUCUUAAUCUCCAUGAUGGUUUAUAGAGGGAGAUACGUUCAGACAAGUAAGCUGGGCCGGAACCGUUUAGGGCUUUAUAGGCUAAAGUCAGCACUUUGAAUUUGUGCUUGGAAGCAGACCGGCAACCAGUGGAGCUGACAUAACAAGAGAGUUGUGUGCUCCCUGUAAGCCGCUCUGGUGAGCAUCCUGGCUGCUGCUCAUUACUACAUGACUUUAGGUAACGAAGCCAUGUACUGCACUUCCAGGUUUCGAGUAGACAUUAAUCUCUUUACCUCUAAAAACAUUAUUUGUAGAUAACAUAAUAAAGAUAGAUUAUGCAAUCCCCAGCCCUUUUCUUUCUCAUUAGAGUAUUCUGCAAGGGAGUGCUGUAGAUAGCAUGUCUAUGAAAGUAACUGGAGAUAUGAAGCAGAAACGUUUGCCAAAAAUAUAUCGGAAGUAUUUCUAACAAUAAGGAAAUGCUUAUAAAACAAAGGAAAUCCAUAACAAUGCCAGGAAUAACCUACAAAACUGCACAAUUUCCUUGAAUUAAAAUAAAUAAAUAAAGAGGAACCAAGCAGGGCAAAAGUGGGAAAUAAUGGCUGUGAAGCCGAAGGUUCUCUCCAUCUUCUUACCAGAAGUUGAAUGACCUGCAGCUUCGGAACAGGAAAGUGAAGAAAAGUGGUGCCCAAUACAACUGCAACAAAAUUAUUAUUAUUAUUAUUAUUAUUAUUAUUAUUAUUAUUAUUAUUAUUAUUAUUAUUUGCAAAAAGUUUGGCUUACCCUGCAGUAGAACCUGGUAUGAGCACGUGCCGGAAAAGACCAUAGAAAACUGAGAUGCAAAAAUAUUCUGGGAUUAUAGAAUCCAAACAGAUAAACACUUGUCACAUAACAAACCAGAUAUAAUGAUUGUGGAAAAUAAACAUGUUUUUAUUAUGGACAUUGCAGUACCAGGAGACAGUAGAGUUAGAUGACAAUGAGCUGGGAAAGAUCACAAAAUACAAAGACUUACAAAUUGAAAUUGGAUGACUAUGGCAAAAGUGAACAACAGUGGUACCAAUAGUGGUUGGUGCUCUUGGAAGCAUUCCAAGAAACCUUGAAAAGCACUUGAGUCCCCUUAGGGGAGAUUUGAAGAGGUCUUUAGUCUUUUUGAUUACAACUGCAGAAUCCCACAACUAGCAUGAUGGGAUGGGGUGGUAAAUGAUUCAAUAUUUGGUUGGGCUUUGGUUUGAUUCCCUGAGACAAUUAAUUAUAAAAUCAGGAUAAAACAGCAGGAUUAAAAACCGCAUCUCCCUGGAUAGAGCAUUUUGCAUUGGGGUAACCCCCCUCCCCCAAAUCUCUGUACUCUGUUGCCUUACCUCAGCUGGCAGGGACAAGUUUUUCACUGAAGAUGUUAAUGUAUGAAUCAGUACCUAUGGAGACAGGUGAUUCUCCUGUCUAUUCUUAACCAUGGAGGGCUUUAAAGGUCAGCGUCUUAUGUUCUUUGUCUAUUUUUGGCCCGGUCUACACAGGCAACAGAAGGAUACAAUCAAAUGCUGAAAUGAUAAAGUAAAUAGAGACAUUAGCAUGGUAUAGUUGCAAUAGCUGGGAAAGUGCAGCCCAUAUACUACGUGCAGCCCCCCCCCCCCCAAGUUCCAAAGGAUUAAAAAUAUUGCUCCACGAGGCCCCAAAAUCAUACUCUCUCAUCCUCAGACCUCCCCUGAAUAAAUCUUGCCAAGACAACCCCCAUAUAGAUUUUGCCUUAAGAUCAUUGUUAAGUUAGAGAUGACUUGAAGGGACCUGACAACAAACAACAAAAAGUAGGUUGUAGCUCCAGAUGGAAGGUUCCCAUUUUUAAGUGCUACCUCAGGAUUACAAAAUCUGUGAAAAUAUGUGGCAUUAUAUGCAGAACAUUAGGCAAUCAUUCAGUAGUCUAGUAAUCAUAGCCAGAUUCAGAAACUUUAUCCACUUGCUUAGUGACUAACCCAUUAAAAGCCUGCAGUAAAAUAAUCAUAAGAGAUUCAGAGAAUGUCCAGGGAAGCUGGUUGAUAAUAAUUGUAAUAGAAAAAAUAAUGGGCAAGACAGCUGGUUGAUAAUAAUUGUAAUAGAAAAAAUAAUGGGCAAGACAGGUUCUACAUCAGUGUUGUUACUGGGCCAGCAUUGUUAUUUUGUGUUGUGUUGUAUCUGCUGGAGGGAAGAACACUGAAUUUAGACAAGAAAAAGCUUUUAUAUAUUUUAAUCAUUUAAUCAUAGAUGUAGCAUUGUCUUUACACAGGAGACAUGAUAAAUCCAGUGACUGAGGCCCCAUGUACAUUACCAGUGUGAACUGCAUUAUAAUAGUCAGUGUGGACUCAUAUAAUGCAGAUUAAACCACAUUAAACUGGAUUAUAUGAGUUUAUACUCCCAUAUAAUCCACUUAAAUGCAGUUAAUUUGCAUUCUGAAACUGGAUUAUAUGGCAGCGUACAUGAGGCAUGAGAGGUCCAUGUGGCCCCUUUAAGCUUUUGGUAAUCUAUAACCCUAUCUACACUGCCAUAUAAUCCAGUUUCUGAAUCCAGAUUGUCUACUUUGAACUGGAUUUUAUUGCAAUAUAAACUCAUAUAAUCCAGUUUAAAGCAGAUAAUCUGAAUUCAGAAACUGGAUUAUAAGGCAGUGUAGAUCCAACCAAAGUCCAAUAACAUCUGGCAGUCAAAUUGAAACUUUCAGAGUUUAUAGAUAACAAAUAAAUGUCAAUAAAUCUUGCACACAGCUUUUAUGCAAGGUGCUCAGAGAAGUCUGACACAGUCUUGAAAACCAGCAGAUUGGGAGUGAGUGGAAGGAGAUAAUGUAACCAAAAAUGGAUAGAAAGAAUCUCUGCAAAGCAUUUAAAGGAAUUUAGACUGGCCGCCGUAUUAAGAGUGAUUCCAGAAAUGCAUCUGGGACCAUUGAAUUUUGACCUUGGAGAGAGUGCAGGGAGACUGAGUUGUUUCAAGAAAAGUCUCAUAAUAAAAUUGAUGUCUGAAAAUCUGAGUAACACUUUUACCUUUAAAAACCUAGAUCUCUGCUGGAAGCCAUUUUCUGUCCUUUGUUAACAAAAAGGAGUUUUAUUGCUUUCAUAUUUUGUUCUGCUUCAGUCUUGGGAGGCUUUUUUCCUGCACUGUUCAGCUUACAUUUUCAGGAAACCACAUGCCAAGAUAUUUAUAUGAAUCUAGUUAAUCAGUUAUGUAAUUCCUUAUAGGCCAGAGGUAUGUGACCUCACUUGGGGAGGGCAUAGUGUUUAUAUUUUAAGUGACAAUUUCAAGGUUUUUUUUAAAAAAAUUACAUGUGAAAACCACUUAGUAAUUUAUUGAGACCCAAAUGAUUCUGAAAAAUCAAAACAGCAUAAUCCGCGUAAAGAGCGAAGACUUUGGAAAACCAGAUUUGGGUGGAUAUGAUGGCAAUGUCACCAAAGCAAAGGGCAGGCUAUUUAUAAAUAUGAAAUAAAAUUGGAGCAAAACAAUUGUUUAACACCUUGAGAGGUGUUAUUAACUAUCCUGUUAGUAAAAUGUCAUAGAUUACCUCCACAAACAUGGCAAAUGCAUUAUGAUAAAACAACUGAAUCAGAAAUAAAAGCCUUCUAUUGUUAGAAUAUUGUUCUGACUAACUCCAUAGAUAUAGAGCUGAAGGUAGAUUUUAAAUCAAUAAAAGCUAUAAAAAUGUUCAUCUCUUUUCAGCACAGAAUAUUUAUGUGCUAAAUGGGCCAAAAGCAAGCAGGAAUCAAGGGAGCUGAAGUGCGUCAAAACAGAUAUUUUCCUCCCUCAGAAUAUCAUUAUCACAGAUUCAUGCUUUAAAUUUGAGUCCUGAAAAGAUGGUAUAUGUAAUGAGUCCUUGGUAUCUAUUAGAUUUUGAGUCCAGGACUUCCAUUGAUACAAAAAUCAAUUGAUGCUCAGAUCUCAUUAUAUACAAUGAUGGAUUAAAAUGGUGUCCCUUAUAAAAAAUAAACCAAAAUUUAAAAACACGAUUUUUGGUGUGUGUGUGUGUGUGUGUGUGUGUGUUUGUGUUUGUUUAUUUUCAAAUUUAUUGGUAGAAUUCAUGGAUGCAGAAUUGUAAAUAUAGUGAAUUGGCUGUGCCUCCACAACUAUAGAAAGCAAGCUGAUAAGACAAUGUAGUAAUUGGAUCAUAUGAAGGAUCUUUCUUGCAAAUUUGAAAAAUAUAAGACUUCAAGCAGGUCCUAGGAAUGUUGAUUUGUUUAUCUAAGGCAGUGGUUCUCAACCUGUUAGUCCCUAGAUAUUUUGGCCUACAACUCCCAGAAAUCCCAGCCAGUUUACCAGCUGUUAAGAUUUCUGGGAGUUGAAGUCCAAAACAUCUGGGGAUGCACAGGUUAAGAACCACCGAUCCAUGGGAAAAAAGAAAGCCAGCAAGAGAAACCACCAGCUGUUUUACAUUGGUGGAACUCUGGAGAAAUGCCCUAACUUUUGCUGAAAUACAGGCCGAGUAUCUCCUAUCCAAAAUGCUUGCUUCCAGAAGUGUUUGCGUUUCAGGUUUUGUUUUGUUUUGAAAUACUUGCACGUACAUCAUGAGGUAUCUUGGAAAGGGGAUCCACAUCUAAACAUAAACUUGUCAAUGGUGUCACCCACAUGGAUAGUUUUGGAUUUUGGCGCCUUUCAGAGUUUGGAAUUCCAGAUAAGGGGUACUCAACCUGCAAUAAUUCCUCAUCAGUAUCAUUCGUAACAGUAAGCCAUUGAAGAGUAUGAUACGAUAGGGAAGGCAAGCAAUCAGUUUUGGAAAAUAAAUGAAUUAUUUAAAAGGCAGAGAGAGGAUCUUCCCAAAUACAGUAUUAACUAUAUGACAACCCAGACUUCUAUUGCUAGUACUUUUCAGUAUGUGUGACACUACCUGCCAAAAGGGUUUAAUGCAUUAGUACAUCUAACCAUGUUGUAUUUCCUCUGACAGUCUGAAAUGGUUGAAUCAUCCAUUCCACCAGCAAGGAUGUCUUCAUUUCUGCCCUCAUCUUGCUCUGCUACAUGUGUAGAGCAUGACAUUGUGACAAAAGGACAAGAAUAGCCAUAGCUCACAUUAAUAAGUGAAUCUGCCACAUUCUUGCCUCUAAUAGUUCUGCUUGAAAAUCUGUAUCAUACAUUUUUCAAAAGAGGAAGACUGUGUUAGUCAGUCUCCCUUUGCUGUAUAUUAAUUUUUGAAAUAGUCAGAUUGAAGUAGUGUAAAAAAAUUUAAAAGCCCAAGAAGGAUAUGUAGUUCAGGGGGAGAGAAAAUUGCACUUUCUAAAUGCUAAAUGGAACCAACGCCCUUAAGGAAUUGCCCCUUGCGUGGCUGAAUAACUUCCAUCCUGCCUCUCUGUCUUACACACACUGUGUAGAGACAAGCUUUUAAUAGUAGGCAUGUUCAGUGAAGUGAAAAGCACUGAACACAAAAGAACACUCAGUGCUGAAAUUAUGAUGUAAGAAACCUACACAUGUAAAAAAAAAUCAUUCAGAACCUUCUCUGAUUAACUGUGAAUCCUAAUGGAUGACAUUUCCUAAAUUGGUGAUGGCAGUUUCUGAACUUAUAUUCUGUCAUGAAUAUGUACUUCACGCUAAGACUAGGUCGAUGUGAUUGCUGAAUUAUUCAUCUGAAGAAAUUUUAUUCUAAAAUGAUAUAUUGCUUUGCCCUAUAUAUAUUCUUAGCAGUGUUAAUACAUAGGGAAGGGGGCGUCAUCCAGGAUAGCCACAAACUUGUUACAGAUCUAUAUGAGCACAACCCAUGUUAAAUGUAGCUAUAGCAGGUGAAAUUAUUCAAACCCUACCAUAAACCUUAGUUGAGCUCUAUGGAUUAAUAAAAAUGGCUGGUAAACACAAUGAAGAUCACCUGCAUAACUUGUUGUACUACAGGUUGAGCAUCUCUUAUCUGGAAUUUCAAAAUCUAAAAUAUCAAAAUCUGAAAUUCUCCACAUGGUUGGCUGCAGUAGCGACACCUUUGAAUCAGUUUUCACACGCUUCGUUUCAUGUACAAAACUAUUAAAAUAUUGCAUGAAGUUGCCUUCAGUCUAUGUGUAAGGUGGUUAUUAAACCCAAAUGAAGGUUGUGUUUAGACCUGGGUCCUAUCUCCAAAAAACCUCAUUAUGUACACUACAUAUAAAUUCAGGUAUUAAUCCAAAUCACUUCUUAUUCCAAUCAUUUUGGGGAAGGGAUACUCAACUUAUAUCAUUCUUCUGUAGUAGAACUUAUGCAACAAAUUUAUAGGGACAUACAACCUCAUCAAAUGGAGCUAUUUUCAGCUGCAUAUGCCAGUUCAGCUGUAGUUUUGCCAUGGAGCCUGCCAGCGCCUAUCCCAUGAUGUACAGCUACUUCCAGGAGGGCUCUGUGACUAAACUACAGUUGAACUGCUGUAUGCCACCACUGUGGCAACAUGGGAAGCUUCCCAUCUUGAAUUGGCAACAGUGGAGGGAAGCCUGGCAGCAAACGCUUCCCCCCAUGGGAUAUGGGGGUUCCAGUAAGUCGGGCAAUGCAGGGCAUGGGGUGAUUAGUUCCCCAUGCCCCCUGAUGGACACCACCGGAUUUGCCCCAAUCUGUGGUGAUUCCGGCAGCCAAUAUGUUGAGAGUGAAGCUCCUUUUUAAUAAGACCAUUUAUGAACUGCCCAGUCCUUCUUUCUAAUUCAUCCUCUAACUGGAUGUUUUUUAUUUAGUAGCAUCAACAUUGGACAGAUGUUGAAGACGUGCUGUAGAAACACACAUUGGGCUUUAGCAACAUGUCUGUAGUAAACAGUGCAAUAAAGCCUGAUCUGGAAAAGAAUGGGAUUCUCCUUUUACUAGUCCUACUGUAAUAAUGUGUACCGGCCUACAACUGGCAAAGUUCACAGCAGCUGACUCCAGAAUCCCUAACUGGGCACAUAUUAAUUUCAAGACAGAGAAAAAAGGGGAGAGCAGAUACGUUUGACUCAACAGCUUUCCCCAGCAUAUUAAAGAAAACAGUGCUCUAUACGUUUGGCCAUCAAAAUGUAAAUCUAUAACAAAAGGAGGCAGUUGAAAGACAAAGUUAUCUUUGGUUGGAUUUUAGAAGAAACCUUAUAAAAGGUUCAAAUUGUAAGCAAAACUUACCUGACCUAGUUGUAUCAUUUAACGUGUUUCUGUUGUUAGUUUUGGGAUGAAAGUUUUCCAAAACACAGUGAAAUGAAUUUGGGGUCUUUUAGAUUUAGUGACUUAACCCUAUUUUCAUGCUACCUUAUUUAUUCGAUUCUAAGAUGCACUUUUAUUUUAUUUUAUUUUAUUUACAGCAUUUAUAUUCUGCCCUUCUCACCCCGAAGGGGACUCAGUGCGGAUCACAUUACACAUAUAAGGCAAACAUUCAAUGCCUUAACAUAGAACAAGGACAAACAAACAUAGGCUCCGAGCGGCCUCGAACUCAUGACCUCCUGGUCAGAGUGAUUUAUUGCAGUUAAUUGCAACUGGCUUGCUCUCCCGCCUGCGCCACAGCUCGGGCCUUUUCCUCCUAUAUAAACAUAUAAAAUGGGAUGUACCUUAGAAUUGCAGAUGCUUUUUUAUUUAUAUGCUGGCAUAUACAAUUUCAGUACCACCAACACAAUCAAUGGCAUCUGAAUUGAAGAAAUAAGGUAUUUCUAUAACUGAUACCAUAUUUUCUGUAAAAGAAGUAAUGUCCAGGAACUUAUCUACAUAGUAGAUAAUAGUAUUUAUUUUGCUUAUUUUCAUUAUUAAUUUAUUUUUAUCCUGCCUUUCCUGAUAUAGUAGUAGUAGUAGUAGUAGUAGUAGUAGUAGUAGUUUUCAUAAAAUUGCUCCAUCCAGUUCCUUCUUCAGUGGAGUAUCUGCUUUUUUGUACAUGUAGUAGUGUUUAUUACUAAAUCUCAAGGUGAAUAGAGUUAUCAUAAAGUGAUUAUGGUAUGUUAUGUCUGAAGAAAAUAUGUGCUAUUCAUAACCAUAUGUCUACAAAUGUAGAAAAUAUACCGGACUGCUUUGACUACACUGAAAAUCUUAUGUCUUCUUUCACCCAUAGUUCACUUUUGAAACUUUCCUUUGGUUCAAAAGUUGCCUGCCAUGCUGUGUGUGAGAACUUUCUGUUCAAUAUUUGGGGAUGAAAAAAAGCCAAAAGGCCUGCUGGGGCUAUCUAUGUGUUUCUCUGGAUCACAGCCAUGAUAACUAAGCAUAACCGCUUGCAUAUGUAUCUUAAACAAUACAUUCAAGGGAUUUGCUCUGGGUUUACAAUUCUAACCUUUUUAAAUAUUGUCCUCAAGGCAUGGGUUUCAGUUCAUUCACUAAGUCUCUAAAAAUAGAGAUAAAUCUGGUAGCUGCUACCUUGAUGAAGCUUUUUAGGGGGUGCACAAUUAUUUUUCAAGUAACACUUUUCAAUUUAUUUAAGACAUUUAUACACAUACAACUAAUUGCAGCAAUGAAUACCAGAUACAAUGGCCUGGCCACAGAAGGCACUGCAGUUAAAAUAUCUAAACUGAUAUGGAAACUUGGAGAAAAAUAUUUUUCAUGGAUGUGCUUCUUACUACUAGGCUGAAUUUCAUAACUUAUAAUCCAGGCCUGCAUUGCCUGUGGCCUGCCAGGUGUUUGGGACUGCAACUCCCAGAAGCCCCAACCAGCUUAUCCAAUGGUCAGGAAAUCUGGGAGCUGAAGACUAAAACAUCUGGAGGCUACAGGUUGUGCAGGCCUGCUAUAAUCCUUGGCUAUAGUGGGUGGGUAGUUGAAUGGAACCCUUUUCAGGGCUGCAUCUACAUGGUAGAAUUGAUGCAGGUUGAUACCAUUUUAACUGCCGUGACUCAAUGCUAUGGAAUCACAGGAGUUAUAGUUGGGUGAGACGUAUUGAAGCAAAUUACAAACAGAAGGACAGGUCAUAAAGGAGUGGUGUGAAAAACUGUGAGAGGCAAGACUCCUGUCCUUUUCAUGAAUAUGCAGAAGAGGGAAUUUCAGUGAGUAUUGUUUGUUAACUGGUUCCAUGGCAAGACAUUCUUGCUGAAAUUUCCUCUUUUAUACAACCAUUUAAAACAGAGCCCUGUGUUUGAUUUCACCUGGACAUUUCAGCUUUUCCCCAAUCCAUCCUCAAGAAACUCUCUUUUUUCCUGUAACAGUUUUGACACUUCAGACAAGAAAAGACAGAGAUAUAUCCACAGUAACUGGGAAGGGCAUACAAGGGCAGCUGUCCUCAUCUGCAGCUGUACCUUUCUCCACCCCCACAAAGGGAGAUGUGAAGCAUCCUAUAGAUCCUAAGUUACCCUCUCUGUAGCUAUAGGGUUGUAGCCAUAAAACAGUUUUAGUUCUCUUUCAAUUACCUGUGCUCAUUUUCUGAGAGAAUCAACAGCAGGGGCUCCUAGGAAAAUGUCUUUUAAGGAAAGAAAAAUGAAUCUCUGAAAAAUCGUGUAAUGACUUUUACAAUUUACGAUGUUGCAUAUGCCAGAUGGUUGUAUUUUGUCAACAAGAUCUUAGUAUUUUAUGGCUUAAUAUCUAUAUUCAGUCAUUGUAUCCAGGCACUUUUAGAACAAUUGGCCUUCCAAGGCAAUAUUUAUUUUAUAAAAGAUUAUUUUGUCUCCUUGUUAUUGCUAAUGAUUUUGAUGGUCUGAGGUCAUAAAGUAUUUUUUAUCAUUUCUUGAUCAUUGUUUCUGCCAGUGUUUGUGUAAACAUUUUGGGACUGGAGGGAAAUUUUCCAAAAUGUUGAUGCAAACCAUGCUCCAGAGUUAUUGCUGUUUCCCAUCUUUGGGCAAACUUCUGCACAGCAGAAUGGUUAAUUUGUGGCUUCAGUCAUAGCGGCAUAUUGCCGGCUUCAUGGAGUGAUAUUAUUACUAUGCAUGUACUGUGGGUAAGCACUUGUGUCAGUAAUAACAAUACAUAGGUCCUGCACAACACUUGGAAAUUUACUUUGGGGACUUCAGCUCCCAGAACCUCCCAGCCAGCAUCGACACUGGGCAAUUCUGGGAGUUAUAAUAGUAAAGAUAUGAGAGGGAUUUUAUAACAAAUGUUUUGCGCUCUUCCACCAUUUCUGGGACUACCUGGGUCUUUUUAAACCCAGAAGACGCCUUCUUUAGAACAGGAAUUGACCCUCUGUCUACUCUUCAUUUUUACUUAAAAAAUCUCUCCUAGUUGUAAAAUGGCCCAGUGUGACCUAUCAAGUGAUAAAUGCAUCCAAGCCUCCUAAAUGUGAUUUGGGGGCAAAAUUAUUUUUUAAAAAUGCCUGGGGCCACAAAGAGCUCACACUGGGCACAUUCUUGUUUUAUGACUACUGCAACAUCAACUCUAAUUCCUCAUCCUGCUCCUUUUCUUCCUCAAACACCUAGUCAGCCCUUAACUGCAGAUCAUGUAAAACAGGAAUGGAAUUCAUGUAGCUCUCCAGAUAUUUUUGGGUAGUAACUCCCAGCAUAGCCAAUAAUGAGGACUUCUGGGAAUUGCUGUUCAGUAACAUUUGAAAGGCUGCAUGGUUUCCACAAACCACUAUCCAUUAUACUUAUUAGAGUCAGAUGAUGAAUUCAGCAAAGGUGAUACCUUAUAUAUUAUUAAGCAAUGAACACCAACCAUAAAAACACUGAAAUUAUAAUAUGGUUUGUGUAUAUAUACAUUUAUAAGUGUUGUUAUCAGAUCAUCUUUACUGCACCCCUUUUCUGAUAUGAAAAUAUCUAUCUUUCUGUCUAUCUGUCUUUUAUUCCCACUUUUCUUCCAUAUUGAACCCGAAGCUAUGUGUGUAUAUGGAGGAAGGUUUAUGCAUAGCUGUCUGCUUUCCUCCUUUACAAGUUGAUACAUGUUCAGAAGAGUGUCUCACUCCACUCCACCUAGAAGAUUUCCAAAAUUUGGGAAAAAUAGAUUGCCUGUCCUAGAAUCUUGCAAAUAGCAUUGUCUUUUUUAAAGCUCUAAUGUUUCCAUAUUGUAAGCCAUUGAUUCCUCACCAUAAGCUUGUGGCUGAGGCUGAUGGGAUUUGAAGUUCGAGACUAUAUGGAGGACUGACCUUUGCCUACUCUUAGAUAUAAAUAGUGAGGAAAUGACCUUUAGAUUGGAGAAUAAUAAAAAGCAGCUUGUGAGCUCUUUUCUAAAACAAUAAAAAGGGCAUAACAUGUAUGGAGGUAUCCUAAAGCAGUCUUCCCAAACAUCCAGAGCUCAAGAUAUAUUGGACUACAACUCCUAUCACCAUCAGCCAGCCUAACCAACUGAUGAGCAUCAUAGUCCAAUAGAUUUAUUUAUUUAUUUACAGUAUUUAUAUUCCGCCCUUCUCACCCCGAAGGGGACCCAGGGCGGAUCACAUUAUAUACAUAUAGGGCAAACAUUCAAUGCCCAUACACACAUAGAACCGAGGCAGAGACAGACGCAGAGGCAAUUUAACCUUCUCCUGAGGGGAUGUUAAAUUCUGGCCAAAGGGGGAGCAGCUGCUUCAUCAUCCACUGUGAUGGCACUUCCUCAUUCCAAAGUCGUAAAUUAGUUAAAUUUGCCUCCCCAUUUUAUAAGUGGUACCUUAUUUCCUACUUGAUAGAUGCAACUAUCUUUCGGGUUGCUAGGUCAGCAACCAGCAGGGGCUUUUUUUUAAAUUUUUAAUUGACGGGUGCUCACCCCAUCACAGGCUGUCCUCGAACUCAUGGUCAGAGUGAUUUAUUGCAGCAGGCUGCUCACCAACCUGCGCCAGAUCUGAAGCAUGCCAGGUUAAGUAAGGUUGCCCUAGACCAGUGGUUCUCAACCUGGGGUCCCCAAACAAUUUUGGCCUUCAACUCCCAGAAAUCCUAACAACUGGUAGACUGGCUAGGAUUUCUGGGAGUUGUAGACCAAAAACAUCUGGAAACCCCAGGUUGAGAACCACUGCCCUAGACUUAAACAUCUGGCCUGAGUCUUUCAGCUCAGCUUCCUGGUUGCUAGAAUGAACCAGGAGCAUUUACUGUUAUUAGUUAGGUUACCUUUUGUCUUUUUGUAGGAGCCUAUGAAGGCAGACAUUGUAGGUGGUAAAUGUUUUCAGCUGAAUAAUUCAGAAAGUUCAAAUUGAAAGUAAUAUGUGUCUCAUUAAAUCAUUGAAAACUCCAGAUAGAGAUUAAAAAUGCAGUAUUUCUUAGAGAAUAUUAAAGAGACCAAAUUAAAAGUUGCCAUUCUAACCAGGGAUCUCCUAGAUAUCAUUUCUUACUAUGGUGAUUGGAAAAUUGAAUGCUUUCCAACAUCAGCCCAUUUUCUGAAAAUAAUAAUCAAAUUUCCAGGGCUGUGGCUUUCGGCAUAACCCUUGUUGACGGCAGUUUAUGGGAAAGACUGAUUUUCUACCCAAUUUAAGCAUCUAAAAUAUGGAUUUGAAAACUUGUUCAGUUCUUUUGUGGAAUUACAUGAUAAAGACGAGCAGAGCUAUGGUACCAAGUACAAUAGCACAGCCUUUCAAUAAAAGGACAUAUCUGUUUCCAAACAACUUGGCAAAGAUUCUGAGUGAAUAAAAGCUAUACUUUGCUGCCAUAAGAAGAGGGAUUCUCUUUCCAUUACUUUUAGGUUAAGGUUUCCCUGGAGUCACAAGUACUAUUUGCUGGUUGUGUCACUGCUCAUUUGUAUGAUUGUGUUUGUUUUUAGGCAAUAAUGAUACAGAUAGAGAUAUGUGUCAAUGUGUAACCAUAGCUCUGCAGCUGGGUGAAAUACAUUCUUCCUAGCAAAUGUCAGUGAUGAGUAAUAAGGAAAUGAUGUAUUGCAGAAUGAGCUUUCCCAUCCAUCUGUAACUCUAGCAUGACUGGGCUGAAAGAGAAGGGGAGCUACAAAUCGAAUCUUGCAUUGCAUUUUCUCAUUUAAGAAUUUUCUAGUUAUCGGGAAUACACAUGAAUCAAAUUUCAACUUCUGUUAAUUGUUGAAAUACCUUACCAGUUCUAAUAUUGCAGUCAACAAGAUUCAGGCACCAUACUUAUGGCUGCAUUUAAUUUUUUUAAAUAAAAAGUUCUAGUUGAAGUCAAACUAACUUUAAGGAUCUUAUUAGUUCUUUCAUAACUGCCUCUACAAAUCCUAAUCCAUCUGAUGUUUUGCUGUCUAUUUUGAUUUAUAACUGAAUCAAGGUACAAAAAGUCUUUAGCAGUUUCAGUGUAUUCAUUACAGUAGAGUCGCACUUAUCCAACAUAAACAGGCCGGCAGAACGUUGGUUGGAUAAUAAGGAGGGAUCAAGGAAAAGUCUAUUAAACAUCAAAUUAGGUUAUGAUUUUACAAAUUAAGCACCAAAACAUCAUGUUAUACAACAAAUUUGACAGAAAAAGUAGUUCAAAACUCAGUAAUGCUAUGUAGUAAUUACUGUAUUUACAAAUUUAGCACCAAAAUAUCACAAUGUAUUGAAAAUAUUGACUACAAAAAUGCCUUGGAUAAUCCAGAAUUUUGGAUAAGCGAAUGUUGGAUAAGUGAGACUCUACUGUAUCCACUUUAAAGUUAUGUAAAUUAACUGUGAUCAUUAUUUUUGUUUUCUCGGUAUUUAGCUCAGACCUGUUUUUGCACUUUCUUCCUUGAGUUUCCUCAGUAGUCAUUCCACAUCCUGUAAUUUUUUGCUAGUUUUAGUAUUAUCUGCAUAUCUUGUACAGUUGAUGUUUUCUUCUCCAAUUUUCAUUCCUCCUUUUUCUGGAGCUAAUCCAGGCUUCCAUGUGAUAUGCUCACAUAUAAUCAAGAAGUACCAUAGUGCCAUGGUAGAAAUGAUUAAGAUUUUUUAAAAAUGUUUGAAUUAGGUAAUGUAUUACUUUUCAGCAACUCAUUUCCCAUCUCCAAGAAGUAAGAUCGCAUAAAAAAGACUUCUACUUCUGAACAAACAUGGAUUUCACAGCAAAAAUAGUUUUCUAAAAUUAGACUAUAUGAACCACUGUGCUUAUCCAAAAGUUGCUUUCUUAUUGCAACUGAAAUCUGUUUUCUCGUCAUCACAGUCAGUGACACCAACUUGUACAAAGUUACAAUUUGUUGCUAGUACUUGAGAUUAAAUUACUUUGAAUAUUUGCCAGUUCUUCCCUUGCCUGUCCUGUAUGAUAGGGAUUUGAAAUUAUUCUCUUCUUUGGCAGCAGGGGUUCUGGGACUUAGGUUAUGAUGUUGUAACUUGACCAGGACCACACAGCUAAUUCAGAGUUAAGUGAGGGUUUGAACAUGGCAUCUAGCCCAGUGCUGUCUUCAGCCAAUCCAUUUUAUUAUUUUAGCCAAAGACCAUAAUGACCUAGGUAAGAAGCAAACAAAUCCAAACAUCUGUAAAGCAUAUGCCAUGCUUUAAUGCAGAUUUCCUCAAGCUGCUGCUGUCCAGAUGUGUUGGACUACAAUGUCUAUAAAUCCACAACCAGUUGGUGAUAAUGGCUAUUUCAGUCCCACAGUACCAAACUCUAGAGAAUACUAUUUUAGAGAAGAUUGUUUUACUGUGAAAUGAAAUGAUUGUCCUAAAAUAAAUUGCCUCAGAAGCAACAUAAAAAAUGAAGUUUUUUUAAUACAUCACUCUUUUACAAUGCAAAUUCAAUUUGACAAAAUUGCAUUGACUUAACCUUUCUUUCUAUGAAGCAUCACUAUGAUAAAAUUCAAUAUUUGAAUUAACAAAAUUGCAUUGAUUCGGCUCUCGCUGCAGGAUAGCAUGGACAGAAUCUUCAAGACAGAUAUUUUCCUAAAUAUAAUGUGUGCCAUUUCAAGUUUUGAGUAAGGACCUAUCUAUACAGGCCACAAAAUCUGGAGCUGGUCCAAAGCAUUUGGCUUUGGAUCAGCCCUGGAUUCUGUCAAGGUUUUAAAAGCUCUCCAUUCCUGAACCAUAAUGGGAACAGAACAGAGUUUGGUUCCACUGGAUAGUCACCCUUACCUUUGUCACUGUUUGUCACUGCAGCGGCAUUCACAGAGCUCUAGAGAGCUCAUGGCUGUCACUAGGCACUUUUGCUGAUUUCAGCAAAGGCACGCGGACAACUUGGAGAGGGUAGGUAGAAAGGAGGUGGGUUCUCCUUUCUCCAGAUCAUGCUGACAUCUUUGCUGACAUCAGCAGAGGCAUCCAGCAUUAGCUAGGAGCUCUCCGGAGCUCCAUGAUCACUGCUUCAAGUGACAAAGAAUGACAAAGUGAAAUGCACUCUCCUUUUCCUCCCAUGGGGAAAAUGGGAUGGUGGCAUUGACCCAUGUGAAUAGUAAAACUGGUUCUAAAUCAGAACUGGGUCAGACGUUCGCACCAAUCCCAAAAUACUGGACUGCUCUGGAGUUUCAGGAAAACUCCAGAACAUUCAUUGACUUUUCCUAACACAGAAUAAAAACGUUGUUGUAUGUCUUUCGGGCUGUUUGGCCAUGUUCCAGAAGUAUUCUCUCCUGACGUUUCGCCCACAUCUAAAAACGGUUUACUGGUUUUACCACAUAUUUGGGGCCAGAAGUCCCUGGAUGUCAUCUCAUGCCCAAAGCAAUUUUGGCCCAGUUCCAGGUAUGUGGCCCAAUAUAAUAUGUAAUGUGGACGGGAAUGGGCAAACUUUGGCCCUCCAGGUGUUUUGGAUUUCAAUUCCUACCGGCUGUUAGGAAUUGUGGGAGUUGAAGUCCCAAACAGUUGGAAGGCCGAAGUUUGUCCAUGCCUGCCCUAUAUGAUAGGUUAAGCCUAAAGAUAUUUUGCAGGAAACUAUUUAUUUAUUUAUUUAUUUAUUUACCGUAUUUGUAUCCUGCCCUUCUCACCUCAAAGGGGACUCAGAGUGGCCUUACAAUAGGCAAUAAUUCAUAUUCAUUUGGUUCCUCUAAUUCAGUCCUCAGGUGUUUUGUGGGUCCUCAGGUGUUUUGGUCUACAACUCCCAGAAAACACAGGCAAUUGCUGUUAGGAUUUCUAGGAGUUGAAGGCCAAAACAUCUGGGGACCCAAAGGUUGAGAACCACCACUCUAAUUAGCCUCUCCCAUCAGUGGAAUGGAGAAGGUCUGAUUCCUGUGACACCCUAAUUUCAAAAUUGGAUGGGUGGAAGUGUGCUCUUGCAAUGUUGGAUUACAACUAAGUCAGGAUAUCUGCAACUUUGCUCUACUUCAUAAUGAGAUAUUCUGUGGACUCUCUGAUUGCAAUCGGUUCCCAAGAAUGCCAGCUAUUAAUGUGGACACUGUUUCUGUUCGUGCUACUUCCCAUAUGUCCUUUCUUCAGCCAUUGAUCUGCUUAGAGCAGCUUUUAAAAUAAUGCUAUAUCUGUAAUAGCCGCAUGUUGGAUUCGGAUGCCAGGAGAUCAGAGUUCAUAAUCCCCCCUUGGCUAUGGAAGCACACUGGGCAAGUCACACUCUCUCAACCUCAGAGGAAGGCAAAGUCACUCCCCCCAAAGAAAUCUUGAAUCUGAAAUUACUUGAAAGUACAUAUCAACAACAAUAUUUGUAAUGUUAGCAUGUGUGGGUUCAUAACAACAUACAUUGGUCUGCCUGAGCAUUUACUUAGAACAAAAAUCUGUGUCAUCAGUUUACUUUCUGGCACAAUUUUCUGUAUUGUUUGGCCAUGUAAGCCAAUUCCCAAAGCAUCCUGUAGACAUUUACCUGUAGAUGAGUCUUAUUUGGGUAUGGGAUAUGCUACAUUUUAAAUAAAGGAUGCAGUAUUUAUUUCAGAAUGUAACUCUUAUAUGUUAUGACAUCCAGAAAGAAGUGAAAAGGAAAUUCAGUAGCAGUUACAGAUUGCAUUUGUUUUUCUGACCCUUCCCAUACAUUAUGUCAGAGCCGGGCAACUUCAGAGAGUCUGGGAGGCAGUUUCUUCUGCCAUUGUACACUCUAAGGACUACACGGACUGCCAAAAAUGCAAAUAAAAAUGGGAAAAGAUGACAUUGGGAGCUACAAUCUCUUAUUACAAAUGGAAGCACAAACAUUUGGAGCAUUUUAAGAAAGGCAAAUCACUCCUUGUUCCCUCAAAAGUCUAAAGAAGUCAGGGGUCACAAAAACAAUAGGGAUUUGGUUCAUAUUUUAAUGCAUAAUAUUUCAUUUUUGUAAAACAAAUCUAAUGACUGAUGUGUGGGGAUUGAUCCAUUGCUUGGAAAAGUUACACUGUUGAAACAGUUCCAUUAAGUGGGUCAUUCUAGGAGCUAUUUCUAGUUGCUUUUGUGACAUGCCUUUAAAUCAAGUCCAACUUAUGACAACCCUUCCAUAGUGUUUUCUUGACAAGAUUCAUUCAGAGAAGGUUUCCCAGUCCCUUCCUCCAAGGCUCACACAACUUAAUCUGCCAAAGACCACCCAGCUGAUGUUACAUAGCUGAGUUGGCUCUAGUUUUCGUAGACCUAGUCUAAGCAUUAAAACCACUACACAACCACACUCUCCUGAGAACUGUUGUUGUUACUAUUGAUAUUGUGAGCCUUGAACCUAAGGCAAACCAAUUACUUUUGAGGGGUUUUUGGGGGGUGGGGGCAGGAUUUGUUCAGGGAGGGGUUGUGUGUCUUACUCAAGGUCAUCCAGUAGGUUUCCAUGGCUGAGUUGGGAGUCAAACCCUCGUCACCCGUAGUGCAACCCUAGUGCAACACUCAGACUACUAUACCAAGAGGAUUGUAGUCCACUCAAAAAUAGCUGUUACAAGGUUUGCCACAGCUUGGAAGUAGAGCACUGCUGAAUGUACAAAAAGUCCCUGGUCUGAUCCUUUGCACCACUUGUGAAACGAAUCAAAUAUCAGAUGGUGAGGUUUCUGAGUGAGACCUUGAAGAGACAUUGACAAGAAAAACUGACAGUCCUGAGCCUACCCACUUCCUAGGUUUAUCUGAAAAUGAAGGCAAUAUUAGAAUUGUGGGAAAUAAAGGAAAAUAUUACUGUUGGGGUAGAAUUCCAAGAAGUGGAUAUGUUUGAAGAACAAUAAUUCAAACCUGCAAUAGCCUAGAUAUCCUCUUUAGUUAUCUCUACAAUGAACCUUGAUCUGUUCUGCAUAGCUCAUGAAGUCUCUAGACCAUAGUGUGGUUUAGAAGUGGUUUUGACUGCCCUAGCUUCUCUCCCUGUGCUGAACCAUAUAGCUGUCAGAGAUCCCCAAUUUAAUAGGUCUUCUAUAUUAAAAGGUUUCCUUUUCUAGACCAAUAGCAUGCCCCCAUACAUGCCGAUCUUGUGUUACCUUUCUGCUGGCUAUUAUUUGUUUUCUAAAAUGUUGGUGUUUACUGUUCUUGUGUGUUUGUGCAAUAUUUUUAAAAGGUUGUUUUAACAUAAUAACAUAUAAUGGAAUUCAUUCAGGCAAUGCAAAUGGGUAUCUAUUUUGUACACUGUACCAGUUGGUAUUUUGAAAAAAAAUGGUGCUAUCUAGACAUUGUAGAAAGAUCACCAAUCUUUGUUUUUUUAAUGUAUUUACAAUUGUUACAUAACAGGUUCUAAGAGAAUGGGUGCAUCUACAAUGUAGAUUGUACUACAGUAUACCCUCUUGCAAAUAAAGGAAAGAAAGAAAGAAAGAAAGAAAGAAAGAAAGAAAGAAAGAAAGAAAGAAAGAAAGAAAGAAAGAAAGACAUAGGGUCAAUCCUAUAUACAGAAGCAAUACUGUCUAGAGCAGGUUAGGGCCACAAUAAAAAUGAGAGAUAGCUAGACACACCAUCUGUUAACAAGCAGGAAACCUGUGCAUCAGGCUGCUGAGGUGACUAUGGGUGCAUCUACAUUAGUGGGGUUCAACCUAUGUGUCCCCUGGUGUUUUGGUCAGUUUACCAGCUGUUAGGAUUUUGGACAGUUGAAGGCCAAAACAUCUGGGGAUGCCAGGUUGAGAACCACUGAUCUACAUUGUUGAAUGAAUGCAGUGUGACAUCACUUGAACUUCCAUGGCUCAAUGCUAUUGAAUUCUGUGAUGUGUAUUUUUAUGAGGCACCAGCGCUCAUUGGAAGAGAAGGCUAAAGACAUCAUAAAACUGCAACACCCAUGAUUCUAUAUAGCAUUGAGCCAUAGCAAUUAAAGCGGAGUCAAACUGCAUUAAUUCUACUGUCCUCUCUGCCAUGUAUUGUUAUUUUCUAGCUGUAUUCCAGGGGUUCUAUGCAUGUUUCUCUGGACUACCAAGAAUUUUUUUCUUUUCCAGGGAGAGAGUUCAGUGUCUUUUGAAUUCCAAGAAAUGUCCAAAGCUUCCUUUAUUGCUUAUUUUCAGACUCGACAAAUAACAUUUUUCUCACUUUUAUUAAAUGGUAAAUGCAAUUUUUAUAUUUAUUCUUUCAUUCCUGAUAGGUUUUGUGACAGGAUUUGGUCUUUCUGUUGUGUCUUAGCCUAAGAAAUAGUUAAUUUUUUUGUUUCCUAUUUCCUCUUUAAAGAGCAGUUCUUAAUCAAAAGAAAGUCUGGUCAUAUUUUAAACACAAUGUUCUUUAUCUUGUUCAUGAUCAAAAGUAAUGGGAAGCCAGUACAGGAACAUUAAGUUCUGGGUUUAAAAAAAAAUCUCUUUUUUUUGCAUGUUCAAACAGCCACAAAUGUCAUAUUCGAUCAUGGUAUUACAAGUUCAAUAUUGUUAUUUUUGUUUAAGCUGCACUAAUUUGUUUACCAACAUGCAGCACAUAUGCGGUUUUUAAGUAAAUGAAGUAUAAAUGAAUAAUCUGUUUCAUAAUGAACCAGAAGAAGUUAAAUGUCUCAAAGCAUACUGAUAACUCUUUGUGUUUCUAUAACUGCCUAAAGACUGAGCAAACCUAUAUUGAUUCAUUUUGAUUGAUGUAACAUAAAAGCAUUCUGCUACAUUAGUCUUUUAACCAUCAUUUACUUGUUUUACUUUGUUUACAAAAACCUUGCAAUAUCCUGAUUGUUAGCUUCGGGUUGAGCAUCACCAACAGGAAAAGAGGCUGGGAAAUAAUGGAAGCUUAGAAACCUAGCUUGUGUAUUCUCCCUCAUUCAUAACAUUUGUCAUCUUAAGUACACUCUGAUAUUCCUUACCUCACAAAUCCCAUCAUUCCUCUGUGAAAUAUUGGAGGGCAUGGUGCUCCCAAAAAAUAAAACCUUUACAAGUUCUGGAAGAAACAGAAAGCCUUUGAUCCUGGCAGUCUAUUGGAAAAAAUUCAAGUGAAAAAAGAUUACUAAAUGUGACAUUGCUUAUCUGAUUUUAUAUACUAUAUAGUAUAAAAAUUUAAAUCCCGAUUCCACCUCUAAUGUUUUCAAUUGUGUGUUCAUAUUCAGGUCCAGCUGUCAUUAUUUGUUUUAUUUGUAUUUUCAAUUAGAAUAAUAAAUCAACAAUAAUAAAAUUAGCCAAUUUUUUCUGAGAGCUACUUGCUAAAGAGUAACUAUCAUUGCAUCAAGAUAUCAUUACUUUAAAGAGGAGUAUUUUUAAAGAUAUCCAAGCCUAUUGACAAAAGUCUACAAGUUCAGGUUCUGAUAUUCAACAAGAUCCAUAAAUAUAGGAGUUAGUGCUAAAAAAAAGUAUCUGUUCAGCAGAUAUGCCUCCUAUGUCAUGCAUGGAUCCAUCUUUAUAGUGUCUUUACAGGACUUAAAACUUCAAAUACUGAGGUGUGUCAUGUGUCCUAGUAAAUAUGGAGUGCAUCUGCACUGUAGAAUUACUAGAGUUUGACACUACUUUAACUUCCAUGGCUUUGUUUGAGCCUACUGGGAAGGACAAGAUUCUUCCUGUUGCCUUUACUUCUGCUGAAAAGUGAGACCUGCUUCUGCACUUAGAACACAACUUGCAGCAAUUGGAAGUAAGGUAAAGACAAAGGAAGAUAGUGGGAGGAGAAAAGUGGGACAUUAUAACAGCAGCUAAAAAUUGGGACAACUGAGGUUAUUCAGAUUGGACAAUUGAAGGGAACAUGGUUUCCUAAGCACUCAGUAAGCGACAAUAGAGCAGACAUUGUUGAUAUGCUGCAUACUACCACUGUUUGAAAAACAUGAUUCUGCCAAGGUUUGGAGAGAGAAAAAAGGGCCCUUGUAGCACAGUAUACUUGAGGAUAAACUCACACAAAUAAAAUUAGAAGCAUAAGCAUCUAUGGGUAACUUCCAUAGAGCAUUUCUGUUCUUCUGUCACUUUUGUUGACAUUUUGUAAAAUGUUGUAAUCCCAAAUCCACUUAUUCCAAGAUAUGAGAUAUUAGAGAGGGGGUUUCUCUGGAGACACAAAAUUCAAACCCUGCCCCCAUUCCCUUACCCCCCCCCCCCAAAAAAAAACCCCACUAAGACAACUGGGAGCAAAUGCAAUAAAAAGGCAAAAAAGUUGCCUUUCUUCAUAGAAUCAUAGUAUCCUAGAGUUGAAAGAGACCUCAUGGGCCAUCCAGUCCAACCCCCUGCCAAGAAGCAGGAAAUCGCAUUCAAAGCACCCAAUUUCAUCCCAAUUGUAUAUUACUCUCUAAAAUCUGACUCUGACUCUGCUGCUGUCCCGGAUGAGGCCACAGGUACCAACAUUAGCUAAAUGCAGUGAUCACCUCAGGAAACAACUGUAACAUGUGGUCCAGAGAUAAUUUUAACAUGAAAAAUAUCCCAAUGGGAACCCAAUUAGAUCCUGGUGUUGUAGUCUCAAAAAUAAUUAUCGCCAAUUGUGCACAGCAUUCCAUUGUAACAAGACCCUGCUCUUUAAAGAUUGAUUUUUGAGGCUUAACCAUGUAAAGUUCUGCACACAUGGCGGGAUUGGCAAUGGAAACACUGCAUCUGGCUCUUAAUGUGGGUCAACGGAACAUGGGAUUUACUCCAGAGCUUCCAAAACACUCCAGAAUGAUGUCACAGUUUUAGAGGAGCAAAUGCCUGGAUUAGGCUGGAUCCACUGUCCACAUCAGCAGUGGAUUCCACUGCUGCUUCACUGCCAGCUCUGUCUCAGAGGCUUGUUGGUGAUGUCGCAUUUCUAAUUAAUGUCACACUAGUGUGCCAGGCCAUGUGGCCAGAAAUACGACGUCACCAAUAAGCCUCUGGGAGGAUGGCCAAAGGACUCCAGGGACACGCUUGGACUGCACUGGAAUAGCUUCAAGGCCAUUUAACCCAGAUUUAUCUAGUAGGCAGUAGGUUGUCCAGUAAGUACCAAUCCAUUAUUUUAGGCAAUGAAUGGGGGGAGCAGAUUCACUAAGAUCUGCUUUUAUAUCAUCUUGUUAAAGUCCAAGGAAAUAUGACAGCUUUGACUACUAAAGUUGUUACAUUGAUUAGUAAUUGAUAAAUACCUUUUAUUCCCCCCCCCCCAAAAAAAAACUGUCUGACUGCAUUAUUAGCAAAAACUGGUGCAAGUUUCUUAGUCUGUGGUUUCCUUAUUUAUGUCUGCAAUCAUCACACUUAAUGAGUGUUUUUUUCUGAGUACAUAUUCUUAGGGUUGGAAUAUAUAGGAGCAACAAAAAAUAGGCGACACUGUAAUGACUAACCACUUUCCUUUGUAGCCCAUGUCAUCAGGAGCAAGAUGUAUUCCUUUGGUUAGCAUUUUUUUUUUUUUGCUUUUGCUUAGGUUGGUAAGCUAUGGAGGAAAAUGGAAAUACAAAUGGUACAGUCAUUUAUAAUGUUAAGAAUAGCCAUUUAGCAAGGAGUUGUUAGUGUUGACAAGGACAUCUGAGGAUAUGUAAACCAAUAUAUGGUAAUGAAUUCUUUCUAGAAGCCAAUAUGACUAAAUUCAGGCUGUUGUGACUGGAUGUAUUAUGAGAAGAUGUGACUCAUUGGAAAAGACUGUAUUAUGGGUGUAUUGAUUCAAUCAAGGAAGCUGUGGUUCCAUGUUCACAAACCUGUGCAGAACAGUUGAUGGCCAGUGGUCUAGGGGAGCUCCCCAGUGGUCUAGGGGAGCUCCCUAUGAAACCCUCUCUUUCAUAGGGUUGGCAUAAAUUGAAAUUGACUUGAUGACAAAUAACAGCAAAAAAUUGUAAUGAGAAGGUUUGUCUGAGCCAAGUAGAAAUUUAAUCUCUAGAUGAACUCUUAUGUGGACAUGAUUAUAAUCAGAAGGACCAGAGGGAAUAGAAGUUCAAAAGUUACACACAACGUUACUUCCUGUCAACAGUUUGUUACAUAAACACAACAUAGCACCAGUUUCCCAAAAAGUCCUCUUUCUUCAAAUCCCCAAAACUUUUUUGCAGUCAUUCAGGACUCAACCUGCUAAGUAGGCAAGCUAAUCCACAUGACAGUAGUUUCUUAAAUGGCAACUCUUAAAAUAAUUAACAUUUCUAUAUUUUCCAUUUCUCUCCCAUCACAUCUGAAAGAUAUGUAUACAGAUCUGCCAAAUGCAGGAAUAGCCCAUGCAUCUGAUGAAGUUCAGUUCCCCAAAGUAUGUACCAUAACAACUUGUUAGAUUUUAAAUAAAUUAAAUAAAUACAUAACUUUAUUUAUAUCCCGCCCUAUCUCCCCUAAGGGAUUUUAAAGCAGCAAUGGGAACAUAACACCGAGAUGGGAACUGUCUAUGGUGCCCAAGGCUCUUGAGAGUUGCUGUCCAACAAAUCUUAUGGGAUACACAGCUCUCAGUCCUGCUUGAAGGUGCUCCCCUACUUUUGGUUGAUUUUCCCUAGACUGAUUUAUACAAAUCCACUGGAAAGAAGUUAAUAUUUUACUGGAUGGUUGUAGUUAAGCUUUCUGAAAACUGCUCUGUGCUAUAUUAAAGGUCUUUGACAUGCAUAGCAAAUCAAGUUUAGUGGGUAAAUAUAAUACGGUGCAGUAAUUAACUGCUUAUGCCCAAACCACUAAAAAUCAUGUUUCCAAUUAUUCUUAGAUUGGGCCAUUCUUGGACCCAUCCGCCAGUACAAAUUUACAGCAAGCGUAUUCAUCAAGCUAAAGCCACAUGCACUUACUAAUGAAAAUAACAUUCAAAAGAACAUCUGUCAAUUCAAUACAUUAUUGUAGUUUAAAAGUCAAGCUUUAACAUACGCAGCAAGAAAUAAGGUUGAGGAGUGGAGAGGGAGAGAGCUCUGUAUUGUCAGUAGUAUAUUUUGUCUGAGCAACUGCAGAACCUGACAUUUUGUUUUCUGUUGCAAAGCGGAGAUUGGAGAGUCAAGCCAGUCCUGAAUCACCAUUGUUAUUAAUUAGAAUUGAAUCUAAAUUCUUUAAGUUUCCUUGGGAUGCAUCUAUACUAUAGAAUAAAUGUAGUUUGACAUCGUUUUAACUGCCAUGACGCUUAGUUUUACAAAAUUUGCAGCCUUCUGUGCCAAAGAGUGCUGGUGCCUCACCAAACUACAAUUCUUAUAAUUCUAUCAUGAAGCCAUGACAAUUCAAGUGGUGUCAAACUGCAUUAAAACAGCAGUGUAAAUGUACCCUUGUUCUCUAACCAGAACUUGAAACCUUAAAAGCAAACACAAGGAAUAACUAGUUCAAAAAAAGUGGACUGCAGAUUAGUAAUGUUCUCAUUUUCUAACCUUCCCUUCUUGCUAGUAGUGAUAGCUGCAAACUUUAUUUAUAUAAAAAUUUACCAAAAUUUGCAAAUUUUAUCAUUAUAUUUAGGAUGGAAAGAAUGUGAUAUCAGAUACAUUUGAGUGUGGAAGAAAUCAAAACUGAUAGAUUCAUCUUUCCAGGCCUAGGUCUGUGAACAUUUCAAUCUUAAACGUUCUGUUCCAGCCAGAAUGUUGUCUGCACAAAACUGGAAAAAAGUUGCAUACAUUAUUGCAUACUCAAAUUAUUUUAAACAUCUGAAAUAUAUAUUACAGUAGAGUGUCACUUAUCCAACAUAAACGGGCCGGCAGAACGUUGGAUAAAUGAAUAUGUUGGAUAAUAAGGAGGGAUUAAGGAAAAGCCUAUUAAACAUUAAAUUAAGAUAUGAUUUUACAAAUUAAGCACCAAAACAUCAUGUUAUACAACAAAUUUGACAGAAAAAGUAGUUCAAUACGCAGUAAUGCUAUGUAGUAAUUACUGUAUUUACAAAUUUAGCACCAAAAUAUCACGAUGUUUUGAAAACAUUGACUACAAAAAAGUGUUGGAUAAUCCAAAACAUUGGAUAAGUGAGUGUUGGAUAAGUGAGACUCUACUGUACUUAAAGAGAAAUCAAUAGAUAAAUUUGUGAAGAACUUAUAAUCAUUUGCAAGUUAUAAGCAGGGAUAUAUUAUACUUUGAAGUUUUGAAUACUAAAAUAUUCUGCAAUGGAAAAUGGCUGGAAGAUUAAUAUAUACCAUGCACAAAUAAGGAUGUCAUUACUAUUUGCUCUGGAGUUUUUGGCUUGACAGAUGGGAAUUCGUAUACAUGUAUUGUAUUGGGGUGGGGAUUGUGAUGUUCAAUGCAUUUAUGUUGUGUUAUCUUAAUAAGUGGCUUUUUAUAGUUUGCAUGACUACCUUUGGAAUGGAUUAAACCAUGGUAGUAGUAGUAGUAGUAGUGGCAAUAAUGAUGAUGAUGAUGAUGAUGAUGAUGAUGACGUUAAAUGAUGUUCUUCUCCAGACUCUUUUAUAACUGCCUUUACUAAUGCUGAAUUAGGAUUGCCAUGCCUUCUUUCUGAGAGGCUCUUCAACUUUAGCAUCUCUCUGCAGAGUAUGACUAUGGUGGGAUGAGGGCAUUCUCCUUCAUAUAAGACUCCCCCCCCCCCCCAAUGAAUUUUUCCUUUGGUCUCCAAAUUUCUAGCAUUGCAGUAACCUCAAAUUUUAGUUGAGCAUAUCAAAAUAAAAUUUUGGCCUCCAAAGAAAAGGAGCAGGCAAAGUUACCAAGGGAAUGCAAAUAGUCUAGGUGCACCUUCUACAGUGCUAGAAAUAUGAGAACUGAAGGAAAUUUUCUGUAUGGGGGAGAAUUCUCAUUAAGCAGGUAUGCUUUCAUAUUGCUUCCUGCAUACCAUACCUGUGGGGUAGAUGAAUACAACAACAUUCUCAGUAUACUAAGGAUGUCUGUGCCUUCAAGUUACCUGUUGACAUAAGGCAACCCAAUGGGUUUUUAUAGUAAGGUAAAGGUAAAGGUUUCCCCUGAUGUUAAGUCCAGUUGGGGGUUGGUGCUCAUCUCCAUUUCUAAGCCGAAGAGCCGGCAUUGUCUGUAGACACCUCCAAGGUCAUGUGGCUGGCAUGACUGCAUGGAAUGCCGUUAUCUUCCCGCCAGAGCGGUACCUAUUGAUCUACUCACAUUUUCAUGUUUUCAAACUGCUAGGUUGGUGCUCACUCCACUCCCCGGAUUUGAACCUGGGACCUUUCGGUUUGCAAGUUCAGCAGCUCAGCGCUUUAACACACUGAACCACCGGAGGCCCCAUUGUGUUUUUAUAGUGUGAUUUUAUUUAUUUAUUUAUUUAUUUACAGCAUUUAUAUUCCGCCCUUCUCACCCCGAAGGGGACUCAGGGCAGAUCACAUUACACAUAUAGGCAAACAUUCAAUGCCUUUUAACAUAGAACAAAGACAAGACAAACAUAGGCUCCGAGCGGGCCUCGAACUCAUGACCUCCUGGUUAGAGUGAUUCAUUGCAGCUGGUUACAGCUGAAUUGCUCUCCAGCCUGUGCCACAGCCCGUGCAAAGAAUACUUUAAAAUGAUUUUGCCAGUUAUCUAUUAGUUAUCUAUUAGUUAUCUAUUACAGUUAGCUGGUGCAAAUGGAAAAUGCUGUAUGUUUGUUUUGUAGAAUUUCUUUUCCAAAAAUCAGAAAUUGUAUAAUUUGGCAUGAAAAGAACAUGACGUUUAAAAUACUUAAAUGUGGAAAAAAGUGAAAUUGAUUCAUUAUUCCAUCCUUAUACGUGAAGUACAAACUGUCCUCUUAGUUUAAGACAGGGGAAAAACUUAACGUAAACUGUGGAUUAAUGUGAAAGUUCUGAAGGUGUCGUGAACAUGACUCAUUUUUCAAUUAGAAGAAUUUGGUUAUGACUUCAAGCUACACAGAUUCACACAAACAAACAAUAAUUCAUCAAAGGAAAGUCCAGAAGCAUAUUGAUCAUUCCCUGAGUCCUUUGAUCAUACCUCUUCUUACUGAAAGUGAAAGGGAAAAAAACAAAUUUUUAGCUAGAUCACAACAAGAUAAUGAAGUUCCAACAGCCAGCUGAGUGAGUAACUCUCUAAGCAAGCAAAACAUGCAAGUGUUGCUACACAAUCAACUUUUUUAUUGUCAUUAAAAUUAUAUAUUCAAAAAAGUAUUAAUGACUUGUGUUGACAUUUUACCCAACUCUGAAACAAAUCAAGGACCUCCUGACAAGAUACGUACCUUUAGAUAUGGAAUUUCCAUUUCAAAACUUUAUCUAAUGUUGUUGGAGGAUAAGUUUGUGAAAUUUUUUAUCUAAUGUUAUUUUAAAACCAGGGCUGGCCCUACUAUUAGCCAUCUGCCUCGAAUCAACUCAUGUGAAAUGUGGUGCUGGAGAAGAGUUUUACACAUAUUGUAGACUGCCAAAAAGACAAAUAAAUGGGUCCUAGAGCAAAUAAAGCCAGAAUACUUCAGGGUUCUCCUGACAGUUCAAAAACAUGCAAAUGUGAGUAGAUCAAUAGGUACCGCUCCGGCGGGAAGGUAAUGGCGCUCCAUGCAGUCAUGCCGGCCACAUGACCUUGGAGGUGUCUACGGACAACGCCGGCUCUUCAGCUUAGAAAUGGAGAUGAGCACCAACCCCCAGAGUCGGUCACGACUGGACUUAACGUCAGGGGAAACCUUUACCUUCUACCUUACUUCAGGGUUACUUCAUGGAGAUUGUUGUGCUUUGACCUCAUCAUGAAAAGGCAUGACUCACUAAAAAAGAGAAUUACUGGCCAACACACAUUGUGGUUGCCCCAAAUUAAUUAAUUUAUUUAUUUCCAACAUUUAUAUCCCGCCCUUCUCACCCGAAGGGACUCAGGGUGGCGUACACAAUUGCCAACAAUUCGAUACCUACACAUAAUUAAAAUAGCAAUGAAAAUCCAAUUAAAACAAUUAAAAUGAUAUAAAAAUAUAAAACAUAUGAUUAAAAAUCCAUUCAUCCAAAAUCCUCGUGCUGUAGCCGUAAAUCAGUCCGGGUCGUCUUUAUCAUUUAAUCUUCGAAAGCCUGGGCACAUAGCCAUGAUUUCAGGGCUUUUCUAAAACUCAAAAGGGUUGGGGCUUGUCGUACAUCUCUGGGGAGGGUGUUCCACAACCGAGGAGCCACGAUCAAAAAGUCCCUGUCCCUCGUCCCCACCAGCCGUGCUUGCGAGGCAGGCAGAGUCAAAUGUUAGACCCAUGGAUAUAUUUGACCUGCUGAUUCAAAAACAAAAGGCACCAUUUUCCACCAUCAGCUUAGUUUUUGGGAUUUAUAACAUUUGCCUUCUACCAGUUGCCAUCUGCUCACUCAUAGAAAACCAUGAUAACCAUAUCUAGGACCCAAUGCAAUUUUCUGAGUCAGCGCCUCAGGAAUAGGCCUAAAAAGUAAGACACCAGGGAAAGGUGUGUUUUUUAAUUGGGCUAUGUAAUACUUGGUAAGAUAGCAGUCAGUAGAAAAAGAGGAAAAACUGUAUUACAGAUGAAUAGAUUCAACCAAUGAAGCCAUCACCCUGAGUCUGCAAGACCUGAGUAGGCCUGUUAACAACAGAAUGACUUGGUGUCACCAUAAGUUGAAGUUGACAUGAUGGCAGCUAGAAUCAAAUUUUUCCCCAAAGUCAGGUUUAUUAUUAUAUCUAAACUGGACCAAUAUUGUUAAUGACUGAAAUAGGUUCUGUCCUCCUAGUGGAGAAGUCGGAUUGAAAGCUCAUGGGAUGUGAAUAGUCUAAAAUGUAUACUACUGUCAUUUGAAAAUAAUGAAGAACCUUUUAAAAGCUAUAUAGCUAGAGCUAUAGUUUUUUUAUCUGAAGUUGCUUUGAAAUUGUAAAGUUUUAUAAUACUAAUAUACAAAAAUUGCAUCAAAAUCACUUCAAAUGGAGUUCAGGAUAUUUGCACUGGUUUGUGACCACUUUGUAAAGCUAGUAUCUGAAUCAGAAGUGAACAGUGACCUUUAAAAAUAUUUAUAAACCUGAACAAGGACUGAACCACCCACCCCCCCAACCCUAGUGAUUUGACUACAUGACAGAACAACUUCAAAGCCUUUCUAUUAAUGCUAUCUGCUCUCAUCUUAUAUAUUAUAAGUAAAAGAGCUCAAGAUAUUCAUCAUUGGCCGCCUGUCAAGAUGGACCCAUCACCUUUCUGUUAUUAAUUUUGAGGCUGUGGUUUGUUUGAAAAUGGUAAUCUUAACUGGGUUUUACUUUUCAGAACAGGACUGUACCGAAGACUUCACUGUAGUCUUCUGGCGACACAGAAAUAAUAUUUCAGAAAGAGCUGUCAGAUUCUGGAAAUUGGUAAAGAAUGUAGAGAAUCAGCUGGUGAUUUUCAGUUGUUAGUAGAUUGUUCUUCCUUAUUAAAAACUUUUUCCAUCUUGACCAUACUCUGAUGUUGCUUGGCCUCACAUCUCCUGAAUUUCACUUGUGAAGUGUUCAAGGAUACAGAAUACCAUUUUACUAAUAUAGGAGGGGUGUGAGUUUUUGGAGAGUGUUGGAUUGUUUUAUUUUAUUUUUGUUGUUUUUUGGGGAAUUUGGCAAUUGUAAUCUAAGAAAAAUAACUUUUGUUUGCCUGGACUCUAAAAAAAGCCUCGGAGUGUGGUGGAGGCUCCUUCUUUGGAGGCUUUUAAGCAGAGACUGGAUGGCCAUCUGUCAGGGGUGCUUUGAAUGCAAUUUUCCUGCUUAUUGGCAGGGGGUUGGACUGGAUGGACCAUGAGGUCUCUUCCAACUCUAUGAUUCUAUGAUUCUAUGAAAGAGGAAAUGAAUGUCAGACCAAAUAAGUAUGCUUUUUCAUCCUUCUUUCUGAAGGUAUAUUCUCAUGCAAUUAUGCUACUCUUGUUGAUUUAGAGUACUACCUUAUUAAGAAAGACAAGAUACAAAAAUAAAUACUGAUUAUAAAAAAACUAGUACAAAUAUACAUCCUCUGAUACAUAUCGCUUGUCUUGAAACUCUUAGCGGGAUAUAAUAGGGAGAGAAAUUAUCACUACAGAUGUCGAAAAGAUCUAUGUUAGGGUUAUAUUGUGGGACAAUCACCUCAUUCUUCAAUGUAUCACAGUCCCCUUGAAAUAACUGACAGAGCAUUUUCUGGUUCAUGUUCUCCUUUUCUUCCUGGGUGGUCGACAGUUCAGUCUGAGCCAGUUCUCAGUACUUGAUUAUCUUAUAACCCUUUACUUGGUUUUACUGAAAUUGUCCUUCUUCUAUGAGUUUUUCCUCAGAUGGCCCAUCUGUUUUAAUGUGCAAGAUGCAAUUCACAAAAGGACGGACCCCCCCUCCUUCUCUUCCCUUCACAUGGAAGCCUGGGAAAGUUGAGUACACCCCAGGGCCAGGGCAUGCAUCUGGGUCAUGUAAAUGGUGCAAGCUUUAUAUAAGCAAAUGCACCCUGUGAAAGAAUGAGUAAAUAUUCUUUCCUUGUCUUCUUCUUUUUUUUUUUUUUGCUUUUCUUUCUUCUUUUUUUCAUUCCAAGAACAUUUGAAAGCAGACAGAAAUUAACUCAUGAACAACAAUUCCAUCUAACCAACUGGAAAAAAAAUCCAUGCACUCCACAGAAACAUAAUAUUAAUACAAUCUCUUGGGAUUUAUAGUCUGGUGGCUUAUUUAGAGCUGGAGGACUAUAGUAGUAUAGGGAAUUGUAUGUAUCUCACCAAACUACAUAUCACAAGAUCCUGUAGCAGGAAUCCAGUCAAGCUUGGCACAUGGGUUAUUAUGAAUUUUGUGCAGUAAAAAAUCAGAAGAAAUAAUAAUAAUAAUAAUAAUAAUAAUAAUAAUAAUAAUAAUAAUAAUAAUAAGAAGAAGAAGAAGAAGAAGAAGAAGUUUACAACCAAACAACUAAAUCAGUUACUAAAAAGAUUACUGUGAAAAUGCUGAUACAAUAAUAAGUGUUAAAAAGAGCAAAUGUUAUCCUCAUGUUUAGAAUGGGCAGAAAGGGAUCUCAUCAACUACUGACCAGUCAGUUUGACAUUGAUACCAGGAAAAGUUCUAAAAUUGACCAUUAAACAGGUAGCUUGUGUGUGCACUUACAAAGGAAUGCUAUGAUUGCUGAGAGCUAGUAUGACUUUCUCAAAAAUAAGGCAUACCAAACUAAUCUUAUUUCUUUUUUGAAUUAUACGUUUGGUGCUGUGGAUAUAGUAUAGUUUGAUUUUAUUUAGGUCUUUGACAAGGUCCCCCAUUAUAUUCUUGCAAACAAGCAGAUUAAGCAUGGUUGAGCAGUGUUACAAUUAAGCUAAUCUGUAAAUGGUUGACAGGUAGAUCGCAGAUAGUACUUGUCAAUGGUUGCUCUUCACCUAGAAGAAAAAUUAUUAUUGGGCCUUGAGGUUUUGUCCUGAAACCUGUGUUGUUUGACAUCUUUAUAAAUGACUUAGAUGACUGAAUAGUGGUGGUGCCAAAUUGAGUUGGGGGUGAGUGGCUUAUAUCUCAGAGGAGAGAAACAGAAAAUGAAACAAACAAAUAUAAAAUCUGUGGCACGUGGCUUGAAAGCAGUAAAUGUGAAAAGGAUCUGGAGAUUUUACUAGGCCACAAACUGAAUCAACAGUGUGAUGUAGAAUCAAAAACAUCUAUACUAUUCUAGGUUGCAUCAAUGAGUGUCCAGAAUAAGAAAAGUAAUAGUGCCACCUAUUCUGCUUUGGUCAGGCUGCAUGGUCAGAGUGCUGGAAUGUGUGCAGAGAAGGAUCAAGGUGAUUAAAGGUCUGGAGACCAAGCUUAAUGAGAAAUAACUUAGGGAGGUAGGAGUGUUUGACAUAGGAAAGAGAAUACUAAGAGAGCUGUCUAUGUUUGGCUUCGAAAUGGCUUUAGUCAUUUCCAAGAUCCUAUUAAGGAAAGGGGAAAUUAUGUAAGACCCUACUAAGUGAAUGUAAAAAUGGCAUGAAAUAGAAUAGGGAAUCAAUUACGCUGAAAUUUUGGUGGUUGUGAUCAUUGUUACCAGAUUACUUCAGGGGAGGCCCAGCACCCCCUAGUCUGGUUUCUGUGUUCUAUAGAAUAGAGCCAUGGCAUUUAAUAUGGUAUUGUUUCUACAGGCAUUCCCCAAGUUACAAACAAGAUAUGUUCUAUAGGUUUGUUCUUAAAUUGCAUUUCGUUUUAAAGUCGAAACAGGUACAUUUUUAAUCAUAACUCUAGAUCAGUGAUUCCCAAAGAGGGCACUAUUGCCCCCUGGUGUGCACUGCAGCGAUCCAGGGGGGUGGUGAUGGCACCUAUUAGGACACGAGGUUGGGGCCAGGGGAGGGGAGGGGCCUCUUCCCAAGUGCCAGAGACAGGGCUGAGCACCUGAGCCACCCGUUAGGACACAGGGGGCGGAGCUAGAGGAGUGGGUGUGGCUUCUUCCCAAGAGCCCGAGACAGGGCUGAGAAUAUAUACCUCUCCGGAGGUGCUGGUUGGGACACACAGGGCGGAGCUAGGGAAGGGGGCAGGGCCUC